AUGUCGGCGGCAGCAGACGGAGGACCUAGUUCUCCGACUCCUCCUGAAGCUGCUGUGGUAGAUGUGAAGAAUUUUACAAAUUAUUUGCGUCGAGUUGUACCUCUUCUUCUGGAAGGCGACCCAGAAGUUCCGCUCGAGCUGGACACAACUUUGAAAGACCCCUUGCAUGUGGACUACAUCAGGAAAUUUCUUGCUGAUGCCCAAACGAGAAGCCUUCUCGUUACCCGAACGCCACUCAAAGAUGAAGAAGAAAGCGAUGAAACGUCUUCGACAGAGAGUGGCGCUGAGAACGAUCAAGAAAAGGCGAUGUACUCCAUCAAUUUGGAUGUUCAUUACACCGCGCCGAAGCUUUCAAGCGUCGCGUUUAUCAAACGAGGAGCGAUUGUUGAUGCUGACAAGAAGAUCACCUCACAAGUUCGUGUGAUAAAUCUAAACGAAGGUUCUCCUUACGAGACGCUUCACUCCUACAUCAGCAAUGCCGUGGCGCCAUAUUUUAAGUCGUUCGUGAGAAAAUCUGGCAAAGCAGACAGGUACAUUUCAUUUUUUCUUCAUCCAUGUCUUUUUAUCAUUUCGUUCAUGGUUAGUUUUGUAUAGCAUGUGGUGAAGUUGCGAACUGCUGUUCAGACAGUUCUAUGAUUUCAAGUUCCAUGAAUUUAAGAAGUCAUAUUAGACUUGGGUGUGUUGGAUGCUAUCAAUAUGCAAAUUAAAUUUCAAGUUUAUAUGGUAGGGCUAAUUACGGUAUACGAUAUACCAGGACUCAGGGGGAUUGCAAUACUUAGAAGUGGCUAGGAUAAUGCAUCAGUCAAUUCCAGCUGCGCCCAGGUCCCUUAACCCCUCCCCCCCCCACCCGCCCCGGGCUACUGUAGGGCAUUUGCCUGACUUGUUAGUCCUGGGGGUGGGGCAUUUGCAAACUUUGCUCUGCCCGGGGAACAGGCAUCUGCCUACCAUGGGCUAUUCCCAAACUUUUGACACGCAUGUGGUUUCCUAUCAGAAUUUAACUAUGAAGAGGAUUUUGCUAGAAAAACAAGCAUAUUGGCUCUUCAGUCAAGGACAGGAAAAAAUUGAAGAGGGUUGUAAAGGCAUGUUCUCGAUUUUUUGCAUGCAUUUCUUCAUGGCCUAUCAAGCCAGAGUUACUUUGCGAAAUUGGGAGCUAUCGACGUGACUCAGCAACAUUUUUCAGUUAAACUGAAUCAAAUAUCUGUUGAUAUUAUUUGAAGAAGAACAUCCUUUCACAUUUAUAAAACUAUUCGACAUAACAUGUAACUUAAUAGCGCUCUAUUAAUUUUAAUGUCAAUAAUUUUAUAACAGUGCUAACACAAUAAACUGGUGUCGUCGCGGCAUAAAGUCUUAAUAAGAAUCCUAACGCUAUGACAAAGGAAGACAUAAAUUGAAACAAAAAAUUGCACAUUAAAGUGCUUAAAAUGGCACUAUUCAACUGUGCGAUCAAUGAAAAAUGUUGCAGUGUUGAUGGAGGGCGGGGCAUUUGCCCUCUGUUUUCGUCCCUACUCUGGGGGAUUUGACAGCUCAAUAAAGUGUCCCCACUGCCGGGAAUUUGCCAUCCAAGGCAAGAAAAAUGCUAAUGCCCGGGGGUCAGCGCGGGAUGGGAGGGGGGUGGUUGUGCAUAGCUGGAAUUGACUGAUGCAUAACACACAUAGAACAUGUUCAAGGUUAUAAGGAGCACUAGAAAUGACUUGUAUGGACAUUUUUGCUUGAUUGUGAUGACAGUGUUUAGUUCAUCAAUGAGCUUGUUGAAAAGCUUAGUGAUUAUGCUAACAGUCCCUCUGAAUCAAGUGAUAGUUAUCUUAUUGUCUUCAUUUUAACCUUGUCAUUCUUACCCUCCUUGUAAUAAAUUAUCUGUAACAUAUGAUUAUCCUUCCUCUUUGUAAUUACACUGCUGUUGUACCUGUUGUAAUCUUGGUACUUUGUAAUCAUUGUUAUGAUUACCAUGGUUACCAUUAUCCUCCUCCUCAUCACCAUCAUCAUCUCUACCAGUUUCAUCAUUGUGAAUGCUCUCCUAAUUAUCUUCACUCUUACCUUCCUCACCCAUGCUGCUUUCAUUGUAAGUUACAUCAUCAUUCUAUUUUGUAAAGAUAGUUUUUGUCUUCUCAUACCUAAUCUCAGUAGUAUGGCAAUUAUUAAUGCCAUUUGUGUAGAAACAGUUAAACUUAAAUUUGUACAACUCUUUCUGACAUUUUAUUAUAAGAGGUUUGACCAUGUUUGGACGGCACUACCAACUCGUUUGAUCCUGCAUAUUUUUUGUUGAUAAUUUUAUUUUAGAGAUGGAGAUAAAAUGGUUCCAUCUGUGGAAAAGAAGAUUGCUGAGCUUGAAAUGGGCCUCCUACAUCUACAGCAGAACAUUGACAUUCCAGAGAUUUCUCUUGCCAUCCAUCCGAUUGUGACAGCAAUGGCUAAGAAAACUGCCGAAGAAGGCCGGAGACCCAAGGUACAAGAUUUUGGUGACAAAGUUGAGGAUUCAACAUUCCUGAAUCAGCUGCAGAACGGAGUGAACAGAUGGAUUAGAGAAAUUCAAAAGGUGUGUGUGUUACUCAUCAGGGUUUCUCCCUUUUUAAUGAACCAAAGUAUAACAGUAGUACUGGUUACUUUCUUUUCUCACAACUAUGCAGUCUGAUCUGAUAUGCAGUCUCUCUCUCUCUGGUGUUGUAAUAAUUUGUUACAACACCAUAAAUCACUAAAAUUACAGAAAAAAAGACCUAAUACAUUGAUAGUAAGAAACUGAGACUAGAUAUAAUAGUAACCAGAACUACAGCACUACUUUCAAUGCUUAAAUAACCCAGAAGACACAAAAAGGUAGGUAGGCGGGACAGGGGGUAGGUGGGCGGGACUGGUCAGGCAAUGGUGGAUGGUAGCAAAACACUGAACUCUGAAAUACUAGGUGACCUAAAGACUCACUGCAAACUUGAACCCAUACUCCCUGCGGUGUGUGAGAAAUAAUUCCUGCUUCAUUUACUCCUCAGCCAGUGGAAACUACUUUAAUUGAUUUUACUCUUGCCUUGAGCUCUAUUCCUGAACAGUUCAACUGAGUUGCUUUCAUUCAAAUGUUCACUGUCAAGUCCAUGUCAAAGAUAAGAGCUUUUACUGUCUCCACAUGAAUCUUGAUUAAUGUGCGAAACAUUUAACUACAUUUUAUAUUCUGUUUAGGUUACCAAACUUGAUCGUGACCCAGCAUCUGGUACUGCUCUUCAAGAAAUCAGCUUCUGGUUGAAUCUUGAGCGAGCACUGCUGAGGAUCCAGGACAUCAGAGAGAGUCCUGACAUUGCGCUGACACUUGACAUCUUAAAACAUGGAAAAAGAUUCCAUGCUACUGUCAGUUUUGACACCGACACAGGUACUGUUGAUGUGACAUUAACUAGCCUGCCACCAGGCUCUGUUGUAGGCAAGCAAGUGUGAGAGUUUAGCACUUUCUUGUUCAUAUAGGGUAGUAAGCCUGGAAGUUUUGCACAAGCUAUUGAAUUUUGACUGCUUCUCUGUGAACGGUGACAACUUGGCAAUAACUGGUCACCUGCCUAGUACCAAAUAACCAGGGUGCAAAGAAAGUCAGUUUUACAGCCUGCCAUUCAGGCAAGCUGUAGCUAACAUGUACUAGCCCACAAGUCAUUUCAACUAGCCCUAAAACCCUUUUUGAUUAGCAGGAUUGAUUACAAUCCUUGGCAAUAACUUGCCCAUUGGGCAGGUUAAGAACAAAAUCCUAGCCUAGCAACAUCCACUAGCCCAAAUAACGGACAACUUUCAAUUGAGAUAACUUAUUUAAAGCUUAUUUCAAAUUAAGAAAUUCAGAUGAUACAGAUCUUUAUGAAUAGCAUAGAAACUUCUAAGAGAUUAUUGUCAUCAUAGGGUGAGCAUUAGUUGCCAUAUACGCGUAAGUGUUCAUUCAGUAAUGUAUGGAAUUUUCCCACAACUUACGACAUAGCAUUCUCGAAACCAGUUGUCAUUUCCAGCUGCCAGCUUUGUCUGGUAAUAGAUCUUUCUGUACAUGAUAGAACAUUGAUUCCCCUUCAAACUCACCAAGAUUGCGUUUUCUCAUGAGACCCAACUUUUUUAAAAUUUAGGUUUAAAAACUGCUUUAGCAACAGUGAAUGAUUAUAACCCACUUAUGAAGGACUUCCCACUGGAUGACCUUCUUGCUGCAACUGAGCUCGAUAAAAUCCGAGCUGCACUGAGUGCCAUUUUCAGUCAUCUUAAGAAGAUCCGAAGCACGAAAUAUCCAAUUCAGAGAGCUCUGCGUCUUGUGGAGGCAAUAUCACGUGACUUGAGCUCACAACUCCUAAAAGUAAGUCAUGUGUUGUAAAUUUCUAUAUGGUCAAUGUGUGAUUCCAGAAAAUAUCCAUACCCCUCCCACUGAUGGUUCUUCCGAUAAUCCACAUAUACUUAAGUAUGUCUCGUAUGAUCGAUCGCGUCUUUUACAACCCUGUGGGAAAUUAUUCUCGUGGGCACCCCCUGUACCCCUCGGAAUUUUCUACCCUUUAGCCCCCCCCCAACCCCUAGGAAUUUCCAUUGACCAUCCGUUGGGGGGUAUGGAUAUUUUCUGGAAUCACACAAUUUGUUUCAGAAAGAAGGUACGGGGGGUAAACAGAGUUGUCACUAAGAUUUCAAGUUGAAGGGUAAAUACAACAAGUAGGCGGGAAUCAAACAUCUACGGGUUUCUUUUGGUUCUAUUUUUCUUUUAUUUUCCUUUGAAAUAGCCGGGGGGCCAUGUUCAUAGUUGCCGGGGGGAAAUCCCCGGCCCACGCCUCUUAAUGACAGCCCUGGGUAAAUAAUGUUGCAUAUAAUAAGAAUUCUUUGGAUCUCUCCAAAUUUUAGUUGUGCAGUCUUGGUUUUUAAACAGUUUGUUAACCUUAGAUACUUCUUCUCUCCCACAGGUUUUGGGAACAAGGCGACUGAUGCACAUCAAUCAUGAUGACUUUGAAAAGGUCUUUAUUCAUGUUACUAUUUUUCCUUUUUUGCUCUGUAUCUCUGUUUAUUAAUGUGGCUGAAUGGAAUUUAAUGGGAAAUGUAUCGUAGUUUAUAGUGGUGUCUGUCAUGAAAGAGGCUUGACUGUGUUAUAGCCAUCAUUGUGAUCAGCACCAUCAUUGUUAACCCUUUAAGCCCCAAUAUCCACAUACAAAUUCUCCAAACUGAUCUCCAAAUGUUUCCUUAAGAAUGUGUUGAGAGAAUUUGAUAAAUGAUCAGGACAUUUUCUCUUUGGUGAUCAUUUUAUUACUCCUCAUGACCUAAUCUCUUGACAAUGUAUGGAUAUCGUUUGGAGAAAAUGGAUUUUGGUCACUCUCAGGACUUAAAGGGUUAAAAGCUAACUUAUUCUAAGUAUUUCUUUAAUUUUUAAUGCGUAGAUCAUGGUGGCUUGCUUUGAAGUGUUCACUACAUGGGAUGAUGAGUAUGAAAAACUGCAAACGUUGUUGAGGGACAUAGUGAAGAAGAAGAGAGAGGAGAGUCUGAAGAUGGUUUGGAGGGUAAACCCUGCCCACAAGAGACUUCAAGGAAGACUUGAUCAAAUGCGGAAGUAAGACUGCAUUCAUCAUUUCACUAGUAGGCCACUGUGAAAAGUUCUCAGAAAAUUCAAAGUUUUAGUUUUCAAAAUCGAACAAAAUUAUACAGCACCAUGUAAAAGUUCUGUCAAAGUGCAUGUUCACUUGUUUGGUGACAUCAUAGGAUUCCAUCCACAGAAUUAAUAGACUGCUUAUAGGGUGCCUUUUCUCUUAAAAUCUGUCCAGUUCUUAUCCCAACCAGUGUAAUUGCAAAUAAAAACAUCACAAUAAGGGAUUUUUAGAAUGAGACGAGAAAAGACGGGCCUCUUAUUUUUCCUUCUCGGCUUACGCCCUUGUUUAUAGUGACUUGUGUCUUGGCUGCUUGCGUGCAUCGGUUACUCAUGGGCUAACUUUGCAAAGAAAAAUAAGAGACUGCUUGCAGCCUGCAGAAUUAAAAGUAAGACUGUCAACUGACAUUAUCCUGCAAUAUGACUUGGCCUAGGAGUUAGAGAGUUAAUUUAUAAAUAAAAUGCAAAAGAAAUGUUAUAAAUCUGCUACAAGAAGCUAAGAUUUUGCUUGAUUCACUGAUAUUUAGGUUCCGCCGCCAGCAUGAGCAACUGCGUGCUGUGAUUGUUCGUGUUCUUCAGCCUCCUGCUGUCAGUCAAGCAACUCCCUCCAGUCCGGGUGGUCCCCCUAAAAAUGUUGAGGAUGAAGAGGCUAAGCCAGAAGCUUUGCUGGAUCCAGCUGAUGCUAAUGCAAUUCAGGAAGUAAACCUUGCGUAUGAGAAUGUCAAGGAGGUUGAUGGACUUGAUGUGUCAAAAGAAGGUUCAGAGGCUUGGGAAGCUGCCAUUAAAAGGUUGGUGAACUUUGUGUUUAAAAUGAAUUGAUAUUCACCUUGUACAGUAUACCUUGUCAUCUUUCUGGAAGUGUAUCGGCUUAAAGCAGUUUCUGUGUCAUGAAGUAGGGUGAAAAUGACUGGGCAGAUAUUUAGUGUAUUAGAUUUAAAGGUCUGGGUUUUAGUGUUGACCACUCCAUGGCAUUGUUUUUUGAGACACAUAUUUUGCCCUUGUUGGUCAGGUAUGAUGAGCGCAUUGACAGAGUGGAAACACGGAUCACAGCUCGUUUGCGAGAUCAGCUUGGAACAGCAAAGAAUGCUAAUGAGAUGUUCAGGAUCUUCUCCAGGUUCAAUGCUCUGUUUGUGCGUCCUCACAUCAGAGGUGCUAUCCGAGAGUACCAAACUCAGCUUAUCCAGAGAGUAAAAGAUGACAUUGAGGCCCUCCAUGACAAGUUUAAGGUAAAGGAACUCCCCAGUGAUAACUUAUUCAGAAUAGACCUUGUCAUGGAUUGAAGAAAAAAAAUUAAAAAAUGUUAAUAAAGUCAGUGUUUGUAGGAUAAUCUUUGUGUCUAAUUUUGAAUUAUUGUUCUGAAAAGAAUAUGCCUUGUAAAUCAAAUCAUACAGAACAAAUAUUUUGUACUAAGACUGACAUUAUUUAAAUUUCUCUAGAGGCUUGCUUUGAUUUUUCUAAUUUGUCUGUAAUUUUUCCGGGACUUUUUGACAAAGUAAACAAAAUUUUAUUGGUUCUUGGUCUUCUAAGAAGUCUUAGUCUUAGCAUAUUUACUUUUUAUAGUUCAGGUGAUUUUGACUCAUUUUUACUAUAUUUGUAGGUCCAGUAUCCUUACAGCAAAGCUUGCAAGAUGAGUAAAGUGAGAGAUCUGCCUCCUGUUUCUGGUUCCAUCAUCUGGGCGCGACAAGUAAGUACUACAUGGAUAUAUUGUAGUCUCACUUAUAAACUGUACGAUGUCUAUAGUUCCUCCAAGGCCAGGGCAAAAGUGAGGGUUAUAAUUAUUUUGUCAGAAUUUGCAUUGCAAAUGGAACAUUGCUGGAUCUCUGGGAAGGUAGAAACCUGAGUUCAUAUACUAAUACAAUGAUUUAUUUCCUUUUAUUUUAGAUUGACCGUCAGUUAUCUGCUUACAUGCGGCGUGUGGAGGACGUCCUGGGUAAAGGAUGGGAAAACCAUGUUGAGGGACAAAGGCUGAAGGCUGAUGGUGACAGUUUUAGGCAGAAACUGAACACACAGGAACUGUUUGAUGAUUGGUCAAGAAAGGUUGGUAAUUCACCUGUAAUUACAUUAGAACCCCUGGAAAAAAUGGCCGUAUUAAAGAGGGUUUUUUUUACAAGAAAAUGUCUGGCGGUUUUUGCAAGGCCACUGAAAAAGUUGCCGUAAUAACGAGCUGGCCAUAUUAACUAGGUGGCCAUAAGGCGGUGUUCCACUGUAGUCACAGGAAAACCCGUUAAAUUCUCUGAUGCAUGUUGAUAUCUUCCCCUUUACCAUUGCAGCUUGACAUUCUUCAUUCAGUUUUCAAUAUAUUGAUAACUUCCUUUUCAUCACAUAACGCACAGCUUAGUUCUCAUUGGUAUUAUAGUCAUCUUGCUCUCAGUAGACAUCUCUCUAGGACGGACACAGUGCAGGUCCCAGAGGUGAACGUUUUACAGAGAGUCAACUAUAUGUUUAAAUUUCGUUUUCAUUGUAGGUUCAGCAACGUAACCUGGGAGUCUCAGGUCGCAUUUUCACUAUUGAAAGCACCAGAGCCAGAGGUGGUGGCAGAGGAAAUGUUUUGAAGCUGAAAGUAAACUUCUUGCCAGAAAUUAUCACACUUUCCAAGGAGGUACAAACUGUUAAUUUUGCUGUUGAUUAUUAGAAGUGACUCUAGAGCAUCAGUUUUCUCCUAAUAGUUUUAACACAUAAUCAAGAGAAAAGGUUUAGAGAAUUAUUAAAAUCAUUGUGAAAGGAAAAAUUUUUAAGGGUUUUCACUAAGAAAUCUAGUAGCAGGAGAAUGAUGUACAUUACCAGAGAAUAUUUUGAAAACAUCUCCAUGUCUGAAUAAAAAACAGUCCUAGUCUACCAAACAUUAGCUGGAGAAUUCAGUGUAGUAAACGAAGAAUUCUUCGAUCUCUGAUGCCUAAUGAACACUCUGAUUUUGUGAACUUUUAACAAAUUCUGUCAACUAAUUCUUUAAGCAAAUGUAUUAAGAUCAGUGUCGAGAAUUUGCAAAUGUGUGUGGAUAUUCAGGCUUUAAGGGUUAAGGUAAGCUACUUAACUUUAGUUAUACAGAAUGCUAAUUAGCGUUUAAUUGUCAGGUUCGUAACUUGAAGUGGCUGGGAUUUCGAGUUCCUCUUGCCAUAGUGAACAAAGCCCAUCAGGCCAAUCAACUCUACCCUUUUGCCAUCUCACUUAUUGAAAGUGUUCGUACUUAUGAGAGGACCUGUGAAAAGGUAAUACUUACUGCUUGUCUUUAUAAUAAGAAUCUUUUCAAUAGUUUCAAUAAUUUUGUGGUGAAUCAUGUAAUUGUGUAAUUAAUCUCAAACUAAGUUAAUCUAUUAUCCGUGUAAUAAUGGAAUAUGAUUUGUGGAGUAUCUGCAUUUUUGCAUUGCCCUUGAGCAAAUCUGUUUGUUUCUCUAUUUUCUUCUUGUUAACUGUGUAAUGUUGCAUACAGUACACUUGUAUUUUGAAUUCUAUAAAGUAUUUUUUUUAACAUUUCUUGCUCAUGGUACCUUGAGAAGUUUUGAUCUUUCUUUCUUUAGAUGUUGUGUCGCAGCCUUAAAAUAAUGUGCAAAGUGAAAAUAUUUUCUUCUCUAAGAUACUAUGAACUUUUCUAUUCUAAAUUUCUCAACAGGUGGAGGAGAAGAACUCAAUCUCACCUCUUGUCGCUGGUCUGCGGAAAGAAGUUCAAGGAUUGAUCAUGGAGGUGAGUAAAAUAUUGUGAUAAUUACAGUGUAUGCUAAGAUCGAUGAGUGUUGAAAAAUAAUAGCGCCCCUAAUGCAAAUUACACUUCCAAGUAAUAAUGAUAUGGGUAUCAGCUGAAUCAUAACUCAUAUUUCUCCGCCUUUAAUGUUGUUAGGGUAUGGCCCUUGUGUGGGAGUCAUACAAGUUGGAUCCUUAUGUGCAGAAGCUGGCUGAAGCUGUUUUUAACUUCCAAGAAAAGGUACAAGAUCUGUUUUUACCAAAUGAUAGAUGUGUACUGGUCUAAGCAAAUAAAAUGGCAUUGUGCGAACUAUGCUGUGGGGUGAAGCAUCCUAUGUCAUGCGUCUUAUUCAUAGUUAGAGUUGGAGGCAAGUACAGUCAACUUUCACCUUCUGGAUAGGAAAGGAAAUUGAAAAUCAACCUUGGUUGAAAAAUGUUUACCUGAAAAUAAUUUUGACCUGUAACAGCUCCAUUCCAAAUAUGCCCAGCUUGUUUUGCCAUUUUACUAAUUGUUUAAUUGUGGUUGCAAUGAUGUUUUGCUGCUGUUUUUUUCCUCCCACUUCAUGAAUUGGAGUUGGGAUCAUAACUUCUUUUCAGGUAAAUCUCGACUUCUUCGGUCAGCAACCUCAGUGUGACAGUUGCUGUUAAUAAAUUAUGGGAGUCUUCACUUACGGCAAGGUUGCCAUGGCUACCUCCUCACUUUGGCUUGCUUACUUUGCUUGCCUUUCGCUGUGUUGCUCACUGCUGUCACCUACCUAUAUUCUUCCUCUCCCUUUGCCUGUGAACAAGUUUAUUUAUACUACAGUGGUUAUAUAUUGUAGGUUGAUGACCUGCUGAGCAGUGUAGAGAAGAUUGACAUUGAAGUGCGUUCCUUGGAAACUUGUUCCUACAACAGUCAAACAUUCAGAGAUGUUUUAGGCAAAGUUCAGAAAGCUGUGGACGAGUUGAACCUUCAUUCAUACUCCAAUCUUCCCCAGUGGGUUGCUACUCUAGAUCUGCAGGUAAAAUGAGACCAGUAAUUCUUGAGAAAAGUCAAAGUUCCAGAGAAAAGAUAUUAACUUGCCUUUUAAAACAUCAAAAAAUAAGAAGAGCCAUGAGGAGGCUCAAAAGUGGUUUUGUUUAGAUGGUCACACCAGGCCCGGGUUGCUCGAAGCAUGGUUAGUGCUAACCAGUGUUAAAUACCAUGGAAACCUAUACAUUUUGAUACCUCUUAACCAAUGGUUAGCGCUAACCAGGCUUCGAGCAACCGGCCCCAGAUGAUUAAUUUUUUAUCCAAACCUACAAGUUGGAGAUAAGUUUUUCAGUUUAUUGUCUCCAUUGACUCUGGCCUCAGAAGGUUAGAGGUUUGGUCACACUCGAUAUGUCCACUGGUGUUCGAUAGCUCUCUUUUGGGUGGUAACAUCUUAAGAUCAUUUUUGCUAAAAGGUUUUUAGAAUCACUAUUACCUUAUUGGUAUAGUUGAUCUUGUACUACCUAUUAGAGUGAAAGGGAUACAGUGUAAUAAACAUCUGUUUAGUAAAAAGUUUUUCAGCUGUAGACGUUUAUAUGUAAUGUAACUGUGUGUUUGCAGGUUGAAAAGUUUUUGUCUGGUCGUCUUGAAGCUGGUCUGAAGAGCUGGACUGAAUGCCUGAAGGGAAGCAGGACAUCUCGGCACAUGACCAUGGAUGAUUCUGACACCUCCAUGAUGGCACACAAGCCAGGAGGAGACCCUGACAUUCAGGUUGUUAUAAGACUUACUUUAUUAUGAAACUACACCGUACACAACUUUUCUCUGAAGGCAGCGUGGCCAAGUUCUCAGCCUGUCGGACUCAGAAUCCAGUGGUCCUGGGUUUGAAUCCCGCUCUGGCCGCUUGCUGGAUUUGUUCUCGGUUGUCCCAAUUUUAAAUACUUGGCCACGCUUGUAUAUAACCAACUGGUUACCGCCAAUCAGUUGGGGUUUGUAAUUCUGUGAUGUUGUUUUUGAAUAAUUUAUUUGUUUCUAAGUAUUUGAGUGGACUGCCUGUAAACUAGCUGGAUAAGCUUAGUGCACUUUCCACUAUAAACAAGCCCUUAAGUGUAUAAUAAAGUAUACAUGUAGUAAUAUUUAUAAUAUUAAUGAAUGGGAGUAUUUUAUUUAAAACGUGACUGUAUUGAAUGUUACUUCUUCCUUUAUACAUUUACUUGGGUUUUUUUAAUUAUUUCUGAUAAAAAAAAUCAGCACAAAAACUCAGCUAUGUUUUAUCCCAUUUAAAAAUCCUUGUUUACAGUAACUUGCCAGAACUCAUGUUCGCUAACUCACUCUGUAUUAUAUUUUCCCUCAGCCUGAUCGAACCUCACUGAUCUACAGUUUUGUUUUGUUUUAAUUCAUUUCACUUAGGUCCUAAAACAUGAGAUCUUGAUCCAGAACCAAGUGCUCUUCAUACAGCCUCCAGUGGAGAAAGUGCGAGAACACUUGAUCAAAGAGCUGCAUGUGUGGGUUGGUAACAUCACCCUGCUGCCCCGCAUCCAGAGUUCCCGAUACCAGGUGGGAGUUAAGGAGAGAGCUACAUGUAGUUAUUUCAAAGCUGUGUGCUAACCCUUCAAACCCUAAGAUCAAAAUUUGAAUUCUCAUUUGUUGUCCCCAUUCAUUUCCUACAGAAGUAGUGGGGAGAAGUUGAUAAAAUAUCAAGCAAAUUCAUCUUGCGUGAUCAUGUCCGUAAUUCUCAUGACCACUCUGUUUAACAAGGCAUUGAUAUUACAAGGAGAAAUUUGAUGCUGAUCACUCUUAGGGCUUAAAGGGUUAAUCAUACCAGCAAUGCUGUUGGUUCUUGACUAUAAUUAGGGCUUGAAAGUGGCAGGUCACCGACAAUUUUACAUGUUUGUUUGGUCAAACAUCGGGGUUGGCACUAAGAUUUUAAGUUACCGCAUUAAUAUAACAAGUAGGUGGGGAACGAAAAAGCUAGGGAUUUCUUUUGGUUCUAUUUUUCUUCUAUUUUCCAAUGAAAGUAGCUGGAGGCCACAUUCAUAGUAGCUAGGGGAAAUCCCUGGCUCCCAGCUCUAAAUGACAGCCCUGAACAUGGAUGAUUAGACAUUUGUCUUGUCAUGUAUGUUUCUAAUGGAAAAUUUCAUCCAGAACUUCCGAUUGAAAUGAAGUUGAACACUUUUAUUGGCAUUAGUGAAGGAAAAAAAAGAAAGGUAUGACCAGAUAAAGAACUUUUUUGAAAUAAAUGAUUCAUAAAAGUUGAUUGUCAAUUUGCAGUUAUUAAAAACUACGAGUAUUGACAGUGUUAUUUCAAACAUUUGAAGGUUGAUCUUAUCGCCAUAGCUGCCUCUAACAGUAUCCAGGGGCCUUAGGCUGCUGCCUCAUUACUUUGGUUGACUGAAAAAACCUUCGUUUUAACCUUCUAAACUCUAAGAUCAAAAUUCGAAUUCUCGCUGUGGUCCCUAUCUAUUUCCUACAGAAUUAGUGGGGAGAAGUUGUUAAAAUAUCAAGCAAAUUCAUGUUGUGUGAUCAUGUCCGUAAUUCUCAGGACCACUCUGUUUUACCAAGCAUUGAUAGUACAAGGAGAAAUUUGUUGCUGAUCACAAGCUGUAAUGCAUUGUAGGUUGGUUUAGAGCGUGAGGACUCUGACGCUGAUACCACCUACCGUAAUCUUCUGGCAAGACUUCCAGAGGGUCCAGUUUACCUCCAGGCUGCUUACGCUGCAAUUGAAGAGAAAGUAGCUAAAAUGGAGGAGUAUGUUCAGGUGUGGCUGCAGUAUCAGUCUCUUUGGGACAUGGAUAUGAGUAUGAUCUACAACAGGCUGGGAGAAAACAUGGAGAAAUGGAUGGUGCUUCUUAAGGACAUCAAGUAAGAAAACUUCUUUGGUCCCUAUGCAUUCUUUAUGCUUUAGUAUUGCAUUUUUAAAAGCAGUUGUAUAUUUUCUAAAAUAAGUGUCACGAUUUAGGGGUCUGUUUAUUACAGAUGACUACUUUUGAACAAAACUGCCAAAAUAUAGCCUUGUCUCUGUACCUCCAUUUGUUUUGUAGAAAUCUCCAAAAUUUGAUUUUGGAAAGAUGUGUAGAAGUAUUUUUCACUAAGUGUGCUAAAAGUCCUGUUAAACUGAUGAUUUUUUGGUAAAAUGACUGAAUGAUAAUUUAAUAUCACAUGCAGAAAUGAUAAUUAUUAACGGUAGUGGAAAUUUUAUGAUGUGGACGAUGACAACAAUAAUUAAAUAAUAAUGGUAAUGAUAAUAAAAAUGAUAGUGAUAAAUCACGGUAAUGCUUAUCUUCAUAUCUGCUUUUCCACAGACGAGCCCGGGUGACUUUUGACACGUCGGCGACACAGAAGGUCUUUGGCCCUAUAGUUAUAGACUACCACCAGGUUCGUCCUUAGAGCUUCUAUUCUUCUUCUUCUUCUUUUUUCAGUUUACAUUGUCUGAUAAUUAUCUAUUUAUUCAUUAAACCGGGGAGGGGGGGAUUUGAGGGGGGUGGGGUUGCUGGCAGUGGAUGUUCAAUGGAUCUGUUCUCGGGGUCUUAAAAACUAAAACAGAAUGUGCAGUUCCAGAAAAUAUCCAUACUCCCCCCCCCCCCACAGAAGGGAUUGGAAAUUCCUUGGGGGUGGGGGGGGGGGUAGGGGUUCUCAAAGGACUAGAAAUUUAAUUUAAUGGGUGAAACUUGACUGGAAUUUCCAGACAUUUGGUAGACAGGUGGGGGGUCUAAGGAAAAAUCCCUUCUGUGGGGGAGGUAUGGAAAAUUUUUGGAACCACACAAUGAUAAAUUACUCUAAAUACGGUAGGACACUUCAGAUCAUUAGAAUGUGCUGAUGGAACCCAUGAAUUGCAUUGUAGUUUUGCAAUAAUUUUCUGAAAAGAAGCUAGAAGCUAGAACCUCCCAUAGGUGAAAAUGUAAAGAAAUCCUUUUUCUGCUCAGCACAUCUUACUGUUAUCAUCAGUGGUGUUAAACUUCAAUAGAAAAUCGGUAAUGUCUACAUCUGUUUGGUAUUAUUAGGUUCAAUCCAAAGUGAACAUGAAAUAUGACACAUGGCACAAAGAAAUCCUUAGCAAGUUUGCGUCCCGCCUUGGCGAUAACAUGCAAGACUUCUAUGGCACAGUCUCCAAGGUGAUAAAUUAAUCAUUACUUCAGUUUUGGUGGGGUCUACUUCAUUUUGAAGAUUGUAAUGGGUUUUUCUGUUCCAGCUGAAAUCCCACCCAGAAGUAUGCUUUACGAUAUCCAAAAAGAGUGCACAUUUCUUGUGAUAUUGAUAACGAACUAGAGACUACAGUAACAAUUAACGAACAGCCUUGUUUGAUCCUCUAGUGGGGUAAAAGUGCAUAUGUCUAAAUGUGAAACUACAAAAUUAACGAUAACUAAGGGUUAAGCAGUAACAUGAAAAUAUCCCCCCAAAACCAGCCUUCCAGUUCUUGAUAUUGGAUGAACCACUCUUUGUUUUAUAUAUGGUGACUUAGUUUGUGAAAUGUUAUCACAACUACCUGAACAAAUUUCCAAACCACCCCUCUGUUAGCUAUUUCCUUUGUGUUUUUUUUGGUCAUGUGAAUUUUGUUAUUGUUCACUCUAAAUGUGAAGAUAUGCAUAGGAUUUGUCUUUUUUCCUCACUUCAAGUGGACAAUAUCCUUCUCAGACUUAUUAAAAUAUGAUAAUGAGUAUUUAUAUGAUGUUUUGAUGCCCUCCCAGGCCCGCACAGAUAUGGAACAGCAGACAAUUGAAGGAGCCUCUACAUCAGAUGCUGUUGGUUUCAUCACUGUUGUGCAGUCUCUGAAGAGAAAAAUCAAAAACUGGGAAAAGAGUGUUGAGGUGUGUAAUAUUUCCCUAUAUUUUAUGGCUGAAUCUGCUAGCAGGUAAGAUAAACCGAAUCCUGUGUUCUCAUUGGCUAUUUCAGCAGGCCCAUCUUGCCUUCUAGGGAUACCCCACAUUGGUUCUGCAAGAAAAAAUAAAUUCUUCACUGAGCAAGUUUUUUUUCGGUCAAGAUAACUGGAUGUUGGCCUUGUUUUUUUUUGCAUUUUUAUUGACCGAGAUGAAAACACAAAAAAGAUCAUGGCCAAUAACCAGCCAUCUUCACCUCAUGCUUGGUAAAUAACGCACCCAUAUACCUGUGAUUAAUUCAACCCUUGUUGAACAUGGGAACUGCCUAGUCAAUGCUCAAUGUAACUUUUGUCUGAUAGGCUUUGUUGUUAUUAAUUGAUAGUCUCAAAGAAAGUUAACCAGUCAAUUUCCCCACAUUACGACCCACCGGCCCUACUGUCAAACCUAAAGCCUUUUUACUAGCCUGCUACCAUACUUAACGGUACUGGAAGAAUAGAAUACUGUUCCUGUGGCAUGUAGAUUUUUUUAAGGGUGGGGUCAUUAGCUAAGUGACAUGGUAGGCGUGUUACAGUGACUGGUCAUUGGCUACUAGGCGACAAUGCUCCUGGCAGCAUAUUUUUUCACUGAGAUACUCAAGUUCCCCAACCACAGCAAAGUGGUUUUUUAUCUGGAAGAAUUUGGAGCCACUGUGUUAUGGGCCUUCUGAUGAGGAGAGAAAAUUAAUGAUGAUGAUUAUAUUCCUUAUUCUCUUGAUAAUUCUAUUGGGUAAACAUCCAUGAUACUUGCUGUGUAAAAAGAUAUUUGUUUUUUAUUUUUAUGUAAAAAAAUUGUUUCCAAAUUAAUUGCAGAUGUACAAGGAAGGUCAGCGUAUCUUGGAGAGGCAGAGAUUCGCCUUUCCUCCAUCAUGGCUGUAUGUGGACAAUAUUGAAGGAGAAUGGGGUGCUUUUAAUGACAUUCUCAAGAGGAAAGACUCCAGCAUUCAGACACAGGUACACUUCAGUGGCUUUACAACCAGUAGCAAGUAUACAGUAUUUUUAAGAAACAAAAGAAGUAUUUUAACCAACAUUGGUCCAGAGGUUGAAAUUUCAAUCAAAUCCUUUGUCAGGAAAUCUCAACAGUGACUUAGUGACUUACCUGUAGACUGUUAAUAAGCUUAAUAAGCAAGGUCAAACAGCUAAGCUCAUCUGUUUUGUUUUAAGAAGUAUAUUUUCUUUUGGCAUUGCUUGGAACACAGACAGGCAUGGCAUUUUUGUGACUCAUAGCAACCUAGUUAAUAGAAGUAUUGCCUUGCUUAACAUUGGUCUCCCUUAGAUUACCACAGGGGGAACAGGGAUACAGGGAAUACAGGGGAUACAGAGGCCACAGGGGAAACAGGGGCCAUGGGGGACACAGGGGACACAGGGGCCACAGGGGAUACAGGGGACACAGGGGAACAGAGGCCACAGGGUACACAGAGGCGACAAGGGAAGAAGGGGCCAUGGGGGACACAGGGGCCACAGGGGCCAUAAAGUCCCACAGGGGAUACAGGGGACACAUGGGGCACAGGGAACACAGGGGCCACAGGGGCCACAGGGGUAUCAGUUUAUCUGGUACCUGGGUCACCAUGGUUGCCAGAUACUUAAUGCCUCUGGACGAUUAAAAGUUCAAAUUAUUUCGUUUGUUAGUUUGUACUGAUUUUUUUGAGAAGAUCUUAACCUUGAUCUUUUACUUCCUAGGUUGCCACCCUGCAGAUGAAGAUCAUCUCUGAGGACCAAGCUGUGGAGACACGCACGUCAGAGCUGCUCUUUGAAUGGGAGAAAGGCAAACCAGUACAGGGCAAUGUCAGGCCAGAUGUUGCACUCAACAACUUGGCAAUUUAUGAGGGCAAAUUCUCAAGACUGAAAGAAGACAGGGACAAUGUUGCCAGAGCCAAGGAAGCUCUUGAGUUGAUGGAGCCAGGUUUGUUAACUCUUUGUAAAAGCGACAUUCAUCCUGUCCCCUUUGUGAAGUGCUAAAGGACGAGCUGCCAUGUUAAGUACCACUCUGGCUGUCUAGAUCCAUCUAAAUGCAAUUUAAAGGUGUUAACACUGAACAGAGAGUAAAAAAAUUGUUACCUAAGGGUCUCAUUUUCAUGCAGAUAUCAUGGUCGCAGAAUAAGACAUUCUCUCUCCAACAGUAUGAAUAAGACGAACGCUGAUCCAUAAUCAAUGAUUAUUACUAGUUUAGCAAAUUACUUUUGAUAACUUUUAAAAUUAUUUACGAGCUUAUGAGUUUGUGCAAAUUGGUUAUAGGUACAUUAGUGGCCAGUGAUGAACGUGUCCAGAUUGGAUUGGAAGAAUUACAGGACUUGAAGGGUGUUUGGUCAGAGCUGGCAAAAAUUUGGGAGAAAGUGGAUGAGUUGAAGGACAAACCAUGGCUGUCUGUUCAACCGAGAAAGGUAGUUGAACAUUCCUCUUAUCUCUUAUUCCUUAUGUCCUAAAUACUGUAACUUAUUAUCAAUGCCUUGCGAGAAUUUGGCAUGUAGUGAUUAUCUUCCAGAUCAACCAUUAACUGGUGUGAUGUAAGUAGUGCAACUGCUUUUGUGAGCAUAGUAUACUAAGCUGCAGUCUCCUUUUAGAGCAACGUGAGCAGGAACUGUUGCUGUACUCCAAGUUUAACUUCUUUAAAGUUGUCUUUUAGUGACCUUAAAUUGCAACAUGGUUGUGCGACAAUUUCGUGAACAUAUAUAUACUUCCCUUUCUAAAUCCUGCUGUUGCUGUUGGCAAGGAAGAGACAGGGAUGAUCAGAAUGUUAUUUUGCUAAAAUAUCCGAUGUCCGACCUUAAGGGCUAUCAAUGUUACACUUCAUGUAACCAUGCAUGUAUCUUUGCAGCUUCGUCAGGCACUUGAUGCACUGUUGAAUGACAUGAAGAACCUCCCGGCUCGGCUGAAGCAGUAUUCCUCCUUUGAAUAUGUUCAGAAAACUAUCAAGACCUAUCUUAAGGUAUACAACACCAUGUCCUUUCCAACUUCUAGAAUAGAUGGGAUAGAACCAGUAAACAGAGAUGAUGUAGGUAGGGAAUGUUUUUUUAGUUUUGUGUCUUUGGAAGCAAGGAGAACUGUCCAUGAUAGAGUGGUGUAAGAGGUAUCAGUAAAUGCUUGAAUGAUUAAAGAAAAGAAUCAAUCAAUCAAUCAGACACUCAGUCAAUCAACAGGCACCUUAAGCAUAUCCAGGACGAUGUCUGUUAAAAUAUCUCUAAAAAGUUUGAUGUGGUAUUUGUGCAGUGGACAUAAAAGCAAUGUACCGAAUUAAGUGUGAUGCACAUGGAAAUAUUUUGUUUUGAUCUUUAAACCAAUAUUUUUGCAAUGUUGAUGUUCUUGUUCCUGACACCUUAACUAUAGAUGGUGUAUUUAUUGGUCAAGUCUUACAGCUGACUACUGCCAGCCCCAUGUCACAAGUACCACGGAGAGUUUUUUAGUAUCUGAAGAUUGGGAACCCUGUGUUUCCUCUUUAGGUUUCAGGGAGAUUGGGUGUGGAUAUUGCCAGUAAGUAAGAUGCUUAAUGCAUGUCUUUUCCUCCUGUUAGGUCAACGUUAUGAUUGUUGAACUCAAAUCAGAAGCACUGAAGGAGCGACAUUGGAAGACGCUUAUGAGGAAGCUCCAUGUUAACUGGGUGCUCAGUGACCUGAAUCUGGGACAAGUUUGGGAUGUUGAUCUUCAGAAGAAUGAGAUGAUUGUCAAAGAUGUCAUUCUUGUUGCCCAGGGAGAGAUGGCAUUGGAAGAAUUUUUGAAACAGGUUAGACCUUCUCGCACUUUAAGGGCUUGGCUUCUAAGUGUUGUUUUGUUAAAAGACUGAAAAAAUGUUGCACAAGACAAUACCACACCACAAUUAAAAUUAUAGCUUACCGGUAACAGUGACAGUUUCGGAAAACACUCACAAAUGCUUGGUCUGUAUUUCAAAAGUCCUUUACGUUUUCAUUAAUGUUCACUUUGAAAUUGUAAGAUUUUAAAUGACACAGCUUCCUUUAAACAAAACUCAUUAAUUGUGUUACUCUAGCAAUACUUUCUGCCCUUACUUUGUUAUGGAUUUACCUAUUAGCCUGUCUUUUGUGAUUUGAAAGUCUCCUGUAUGGAGAAACAUGAACGUCAAUAUAUUGAGCUUGUUUUGGAAGCCCUGUUAACAAGUUCUGACAGCCAACAGUUCCAAAAUCAGUUUUUUUCCCACUAAAUGAUUGUUUCCCUCUCUACUGUCGCUAUAGGUGCGAGAUGUGUGGCAGAGCUAUGAACUGGAGCUGGUUAAUUACCAGAACAAAUGCCGUAUCAUCCGUGGCUGGGAUGACUUGUUUACCAAAGUCAAGGAGCACAUCAACAGUGUUUCAGCAAUGAAGCUCUCCCCAUACUACAAGGUACAUUGAGUAAGCUUGGCUUGAAACAAGCCCUUUGUGCUUCAUAAAGGUUGAGAAUUCUUCUGCACUCCCAAAGAAAAAAGCUCUAAAUAGAAGAACAUUGCAAACAAAUCUCACUGGCCCUUUGGAUUCUCAUUAUUGAAAGAUCUUUUCUUGAAAAAUUUUUAGUUUCCUUUUUGUUUGCCUUUUUUUUAACAAGAUAGGAAGUUAAAGACUUCUUAGGUACAGUUUAUGCGUGCAUGCCAUUUAUUGGCUUUGUUUUCAGUUAGCGUGAAGCUUGUAGUUUUACAGUUUUAAGAGUUUAAUGUGUUGGAAGAAGCUGUAUCCAUGACUGUAGUUGUGGAAAAUUAAUAGUCUUGUUGUUAAUGCCUUCCUAAACCACAGUAUUCAAGGUUAGCUUUUUCAUCUGCAUAGCACAGAGAUCACCAAAUUCGCAAUCAUGCUUGCCUUUGAGCAACACUGGUUUGAUGUGCAAUCCGUUGUUAAUUAAAAUACCCUUUCAGUAAUUAAAUCGUGCUCUUUUUAAUAUUUAAUUUUUAUUUACCCAUUUUCUUUGGGUUGUUUUCCUACUCAUAUACCUUGUCAGUAGCUGUGCUCACAUUGUGGGUGAGUCUAUACUGUCUUCCUAAAACGUUCUCAAACUCAUUAAUAAUUCAUUAAGAAAAUACAAAGGAAAUUAAUGUUUUUAAUAUUUAAUUGAUGCUUGUAUUUAUUUAGUUCAAAAAUGAUUUUGUUUAAGGCAUUCAAACAUUUUCUUUGGUUUUUUCACCAGAUGAAACACCUCGGAUAACUUGUCAAAAACUGUGCCGAUUUUCAAUUGUGGGUUUCAUCUGGUGAUGAAAACUUUCUACAGUUGGUAUAAGAUUUAAUGGAGCCGAAACCAAUUGUGGAAUUGCACACAUUUUAGGCAUCCUAUUGUUGGACAGUCAAAACUUUUAGAUAUUUCGAGCAACAACAAUUUGCCGUCUGUCUUCUUCGAAACUUAACUCUCAGGUCUUUGAAGAGGAUGCUCUCCAGUGGGAAGAGAAGCUAAACCGCAUUCAUGAUGUGUUUGAUGUGUGGAUUGAUGUGCAGCGACGAUGGGUGUAUCUUGAUGGCAUCUUCAGUGGCAGUGCGGAUAUCAAAGCUUUGCUGCCUGUCGAGACUCAGCGCUUCCAGAGGUGAGUACAGUCGGUGCACUUAGCCCUGUCUUACUUGUUACAGAUCAAUGAUGUUGGGAUAUAGCAGCUGCUUGGAAGAGGAGUCACUAGUGGUGCAUUUCCCUCACCCUAAACAAUACUAAAACAAUAAGAAGAAUGACAUUUCAUUGUUUCCUGCAACCAAUUAGGAGAGACCUUCCGAGCAGCUCCUACACUACUCAUGAUAUCUAAUUUUGAAAAGCAUUGUUAAAGGUGCUUUGUCUUGAAAUUUAUCAAAAUUUAAAACUAAAAACUCAAUAAAGCAAAAAGAAGACAUAAAAAGGGAUGGACAAAAUUGAGAAGCAGGGAUGGACAAACGGUUGGGAGAUUGAAGCGGGUUGGAAUUGCAGGUCUUGAAAACUUGUUAGCUUGACAGUUUUUCAAAGUUCAUUUUUGUUUGAUGUAAGGCUUUGGGAGAGAUAUUUGUUUGAUACAAAGCUGUGAUUUUGUCAUUUGCAAGUAAAUUCCUUGCUAACAUAAAUAUCCUAAGCUAAUGGAGACACGUUAUUGACAAUAUGAACUCAAGCAACUAGUCAGGCAUGACACAGCUUGUUUAACAUCUUCUUUUUUCCUUUAUCAGUAUCAGCACAGAAUUUCUUACUCUGAUGAAGAAAGUUGCCAAAACACCUCUGAUCGUUGAUGUCCUGAACAUCCAAGGCGUCCAACGACAGCUUGAACGUCUUGCAGAUCUGCUUGGAAAGAUUCAGAAAGCCCUUGGAGAGUAUUUGGAGAGGGAGAGAGCAUCAUUUCCACGUUUCUAUUUUGUUGGAGAUGAAGAUUUGCUGGAGAUUAUCGGAAACAGUAAAAGCAUUCCAAAGCUUCAGAAGCACUUCAAAAAGAUGUUUGCUGGUGUCACUGCAAUUAUUCUUAAUGAGGAGGAGAAUUUGGUGACUGGAUUGAGCUCCAAAGAGGGAGAAGAGGUAGAUACUGUAGAUUACUGUUUCAAAUAGUGUUUUCGAAAAAGGAAGAUAGUAACCUGAGAAAAUAGCCAAUGUUUUGCGAUGGCACCACUGGUUGACUCUGAGAAAUGAGUGCAGAAAUUCCAUAUUGAUGACACAUCCCUUUCUAGAUCUUUGUGGGUAGUGCUUCUUAGUGGCUGGAAAUUUGCUUCCUCAUUUUUCAUAUGACUAUCCCCCAAGGGGAAUGUUAAUGGUGGUGGCGAAUUUUGUUGCUCUCUUGGUAUUUGUUGGUAAAGCUGCUCCACAAAUUGCUCAAGUUUUGUCUUCUGAAACUGACAUGAAACAAGAUGCUUAUUUGGCUUCCCUCCUAAUUGUGCAAAAAUUUCUAUCCACUGAUUUAGGAAAUACUUGUUGAUAUCCUUCGUUUUGAAUUAGGUGGUGUUCAAGAAACCUGUCUCAUUGACUGAACAUCCCAAAGUGAAUGAAUGGCUGACAUGCGUAGAAUCUGAGAUGCGUACCACCCUGGCAACAUUAUUGGCUACAGCAGUUACUGAUGUGCAGCAGUUUAAUUCAGAGGCAAUUGAUGCCGGGCAGUAUAUGAAAUGGGUUGAUAGCUAUCAGGUGAGAAGCAACAUUUUCGGCAUUUUUGUCAUUGCAGUGGAACCCCGUUAAUGCGACCAUCGUUGGGCCAUAAAAUCCUGGUCAUCAUAACUAGGUGGUCUAAGUAACGGGGUCGUCAAAAUAAUAAAUGAUUCAAUAAUUAUUACGUUUGGGUCGAAAGAAUAUGGUCGUUCACUAUAAUAGCAGGGUGAUCGUACAAACGGGGUGGUCCUAAGGCGGGAUUCUACUGUAUUUCUUUAUGAGAGAAUUGAAAGUUGUUUCUGAUAGCCCAGGACUAGUAGAUUUUGCUUUUGGGCUAGUGAAUUCUGUUUUCAACUUGCCUGAGGGGCAAAUUAAUUUUUUUUUGGAAGGGGGGUGGGGGGAUUCAUUUUAGUGGAGAACUGUAAUCAAUCCUGCUCAUCAAAAAUUUUUUCGGGCUAAUUAAAAUGCUUGUUGGGCUGGUACAUGCUAGUUGCAGCUUGCUCGAAUGGCGCGCUAUAAAACAGAAUUUCUUUGCACCCUGAGUGUAAAGAGGAAAGCAAUUUAUUUUUUUUAUCAUUUAUUUCCUCUAUAGGCCCAGCUGGUGGUUCUAGCAUCACAGAUUGCCUGGUCAGAGAGCUGUGAAAAUGCACUGCAAACAAUUUCAUCAUCUUCUAACCAGAACGACCUGGAGCCGGUGUUGAGAGUCCUGCGAGUUGUUGAAGCAACUCUUAACAUCUUGGCAGAUUCUGUGCUCCAAGAGCAGCCUCCUGUCAGACGCCGCAAGCUGGAACACUUAGUAAGUAAACUACUGUUAAUUAGUUAUAUUUUCUUGUUUUUUGCAGUUUCAAGAAAACUCUGCUUUUCUUUCGGAAGGACACUGGAAUUUUGCGAGCAAGUGCGCCUUAUGUGUAACCUUAUGGUUAGACUUUUCCACUCCUAAAGGUUACCCAAGUCAAAAUUCAAGAAAAUUUCUUAAUCUUAUUUGGAAAAUGCAGAAACAUAAAAUAUUACCGUUUGAAAGUGCUGCCAAAGAGUUUUCAUUUGAAUGGCAACACAACAGCGUUUUGUCAACACUGCACAGACUGAAGGUAGAACCACCUUGUGAGAUGGUUUUGACUCUGGGGCUGAAGGGUUUAAUACGUACAUCCGUCAUAGCGACAGAACCACUUUACAGAGAUGUCUGUACAUGUUAGAGCGAUUUUUGUAUGACCUUGAAAUAAAAACGCGCCAACGAAACAGAAACAUUAAACUAACGGAAAUAAAGCGAUUUGAUUGGUUUAUCGAACGGAUACAAAUGCGCGUGGCUUUUGGUUGGUUGCCCGACAACUUUCUAGAAAUCAACCGAUACUUCGCUUUGAUGAAAUACUGCAACACGAUUGGCCAAUCGAACAAUGCCUUCUCCACAUUAGAGUUUUCUUUGGCGGGAAAACGAAGAGGUAAUCUUUUGAUCUUUUCAUCCAUUGGCUGAUAAAAAAACAACGAACACUCACCGACCCCAGUUUUCAAGGUCCUACGAAAAUCACUCCAACGUGAAAUUUAGUUGAUUUCAGUGGAAUGGGAGGUGAGGGUACUAACCAAAGACGUGUCCCCUCCAAACAGCUAAGGCCGAUCAGUAGUGAGUUAUUUUGAUAACCUGAAAUAUUAAUUGUCAUUUGCAGAUCAUUGAGUCGGUCCAUCAACGUGAUGUAACACGCGAACUUGUCAGCAGUAAAGUGGCAAGUACAAAGGAUUUUGAUUGGCUCAGUCAGAUGAGAUUCUACUUCGACCCGAAGCAAAAGGAUGUUCUCCAACAACUUUCCAUUCACAUGGCCAAUGCCAAAUUUAACUAUGGAUUUGAGUACCUCGGAGUGCAGGACAAGCUUGUUCAGACCCCCCUGACAGAUCGAUGCUACCUAACCAUGACUCAGGCUUUGGAGGGCCGAUUGGGAGGGUCACCUUUUGGUGAGUGAGAAAUUUUUGUUACUGAAAACGCCGUGACCACCUGAUUAAUUUAGAGAUUAAAAAAGGUUGCUACUGGUGAACUCUGGAUUACAUGCGCCCUCCUUAAUUAACCUCAUCCAGUCAGGACAAGCUAAGUCGGUAGAGAACUUAUAAACCUACAGAACCUGAGGUCGUGGGCUCGUUCCCGAAGGCCAUACCUAUACUCAGGGUCUUAAAAUAACUUAGAAAUGAAGGUAUACUUCCUUUGCUGUGCCAACGGCUAGUCCUUCGUGUGGCACAGAUGAACACGUAAAAUGGCAGUCCCAUUUCCAGCAGGGUAUAAUGCUGAUCGGCUUGAUCUUGCUUAAGUUACCUUUCAGUGACAUUAUUUUGAAUUAUCUUAAAGGUCCUGCUGGUACUGGAAAGACAGAAUCAGUGAAAGCCCUUGGUCAUCAGCUGGGACGAUUUGUGUUGGUGUUUAACUGUGAUGAGACUUUUGACUUCCAGGUCAGUUAACUCGGCUAUUUACUCAAAAGUUAAUAGUCAAUGCUACAACUGACAUUUUUUGAAAUUUCAGUGCGAAGAUAAUUACUUAAACUCUUGUGACCGAAAAUGUCCAGUCAAAUUCAUAGGAAAGGUUUUCAAGUUUGCCCAGACGAGGCAAUACUUGACUACGUGUCUUCACAACUGCUUGCUCCACAAAAGCUUGAAUUUGAUCUUUACAAUAAUGGUUCUUUUCAUGAGUAGGUUGAGAAUGAUCGUCCAGGUGAACGUUGUCCUGAAUAGGACUGUUGUUGUUGACAGUGACGGAUGUUUACGACAACCUAUGCGGUUGUAAUCUUCUGAGUCACGCUUUUGUACGCUUUUUUUUUCAGGCCAUGGGACGUAUCUUUGUAGGUCUGUGUCAGGUUGGAGCCUGGGGUUGUUUUGACGAGUUUAACAGACUUGAGGAGCGAAUGCUGUCAGCUGUAUCACAACAAGUACAGACAAUUCAACAGUCCCUCAAAGAAGGCAGCAGUGAUACAUGUAAGCCUAUAACAUACGUUGCAUUUUUCUCUGCGGACAUAAGCUCUUGUCGACAGGUGUACCGUAAAUCCUCUAUUGAGCCCCCGCCCUUUUCUGGGAAAGAAAGUUAAUAAGACAUUUUUUUAAUCAGCAACUGGAAGUUUGGAUUUGUUUUUGAUCUACAGCUACAUGACCUCCAACGUCUUGUACUUGAGCUUUUCCACUUUGAAUUGCUGUUCUUUAAGGAGAACUGACACCAUCAUAUUUGCUAAAUUAAAGAAGGCCCCCUCUCAAAUAAGCACCCCCGUAUCUAUUAAGUUCCCCCCCCCCGCCUUAUGGUAUGUCAGUUCAGGCCUUGGCCACACGUAUCUGGAUAUUUUUGAGAACGAAUCCUUUUCUCUUUUUUAAAAAAGGGCGCAACCUACGUAGUGUAUUCAUAUCGUUUUUGCCCAUCCACACAAUGCAAAUACUAUACAUGUAGCUUCCCUUACAGAGUGUACAGUGUAUGAUGUACGAGAUAAUCGUAUUCGAAAACCUCUGUCUUUGUGCGUCCACUCGUAAGCGACCAUCCGGCGUCUUAAAAAAUCUCCAGUCUGGGGCCCGUUUGAAAAAAACUGCGUCUUUGGUGCCGAAAAUUGUGUUUAAGUAUAGACAGUAGACUAAAACGGAGUAAAACAAAACUCCUUUUCCAAAAAACCAAUAUACUCGACGGGGCCUUAGUUUCGUGUUGGCGGAUUGCGCACUAAGAGAAUAAAUGCGUUUAGCUUAGUCUUGAUUAACUAAAUAAACUUAAUCUAAACUUGUCCUUGUGCGGUAGAAUAACGUUUCACGUUUCUUUAUAUUUCUCAGCCACAGCCAUUACAAUUGAACUGGUAGGCAAGCAGGUCAAAGUGAGCCGUGACAUGGCCAUUUUCAUCACGAUGAAUCCAGGGUAUGCUGGACGAUCCAAUCUCCCUGACAACUUGAAGAAGUUGUUCCGCAGCUUGGCCAUGACCACCCCUGACAGACAGCUGAUUGCACAGGUCAUGUUGUAUUCACAGGGUUUCCGAAUGGCAGAGAAACUUGCUUCAAAGAUUGUACCGUUCUUCAAGUAAGUGAUACCUUGCCAGAGUAUGUACUAGUAAUAACCAAUGGUUAGGAAGCACUGGCGAGUUUCAGGAAGGUCAAAAAAAAGUCUUCAAAAUACCGCUUGCUUGGGGCUGCCAUUUAUAGUCUUUGUGGAGAGGAGGUGUUACAAUUUAAGAGUAAUUGUUAAAAAGGAUGCUUUUGUAGAGGGGAUGGAAAUAAAGAAGUUGAACAGCUCUUUUAAUCUGACGCCCGUACGAUAGGAGGGCUACUGAUAUCCAUCUCGAAGACGUUCCUUACAAGGGGUGUCCAUUUAAAAGUGAUAACCGUGAUUUAUAUCACAAUUUUCCGCAGGCUUUGUCUGGAACAGCUGUCGAACCAGUCUCACUAUGACUUUGGUCUGCGUGCCUUGAAGAGUGUGCUGGUUAGUGCUGGUAAUGUCAAACGUGAGAAGAUCCAGAGAAUCAAGGAGAGUCUCAUUGAAGAGAAGAAGGAGGCUGACGAGGCCGCCAUCUCAGAGAGCCUUAAUGAACAAGAGGUUUGGACUUGUUGAUCUCUUCUUCUUUGUGUUUUAAUGCAUAGCCUGCGUAUCAGGCGUUUCUGGCAGAAAAGGAGAAGAGAGAAUAGCAAAAAGGGGGGAGAGGGAAGGGAGAUAAGGGCCUUCCUCUCUCUCUUCCCCCCUCCCCCUCUGAAAUCUCCUCUCCCUAACUCAAGACGUGAGAUUCAGGCUAUUUAAUCUGUUGUUAUGUGACCACUUUUCAUACACAUAGAAAAUGUAGAGAAACUGAAAUUUGCAUUUAGGCACCAAAAGAGUUUGAAUUUAUUAGACAGCCCAUAAAGUUGUCCUCAGUUGCUUCGGCAAAACUUAUGUUACGGUUGAUUGGCAAGCGAAAUUCCAGAAUGACAAUCCUGAAAUAUCUGGAGCCCUCCUUGGCAUAUUACAUCAAGAUGUGUGCAAUAUUCUGAUGGCUACAGAAUCUCCAAUGGAAAAUAAUUUGUGGCAGUCGCCUAGGGGAUGUUUUUGUUAUCUCAUUAGUUGAAUUAUCAGCUUUAAUUUAGCUUAAAGAGUUUGGGAUUUACAUUGUACCUCUCUAAGUUUGAAGUCUGUAGGCAAAUCUUUAAGUAUGACCAUAUAAGUGAAAAAAAUCUCUCUCUAUCAUUCUUUCUUGACAGAUUCUGAUCCAAAGCGUCUAUGAAACCGUGGUUCCAAAGCUUGUCGCCGAAGACAUCCCUCUUCUCCAAAGCUUGCUGUCAGAUGUUUUCCCAGGGGUGAAGUACGUUGGUGCUGAAAUGAAACAAUUGAAGGCGGAGAUUAAGAAAGUGUGCACUGAAAUGAACUUUGUUUAUGGUGAAGGAGAAGAGCAAGGCAGUGCAUGGGUGGAGAAGGUAAGGUUGUGAAGAAAGAUCAAACCUUGUGUAUUACACAGUCAGUCAUAAAGAAGAGAAAUUUGGCUCUAAUUUUUUACUCCGAGGACAAAACAGGGGCGGAUCUAGGGGGAGGGUGCAGGGGGUGCGUACCCCCCCACGAGAUGACCUGCGGUUUUCUAAUACAACUGGUAUUCUGCCAAAAAAAAAACUAUGUGGUUUAUUGGUGUUGAAGUAGAGCAAGAGACGAGUGCACCCCCUCCUAAAAAAAAUCCUGGAUCCGCCCUUGCAAAAUCCUAUAUUAUGUUUAGUUAGGUGGGACCAUUCAAAUGAAAGCUACUAAGUAGUUCUCUACGAUUUGUGUCCAGAAUUGGACGUUGAUGAGAUUCGUGCCCUUUAUGGUAGACAUCACGAAAUGCCCCCUAGCACUCAUCCUCACCUAAAUUCAAGCAAUACUGUCAAACAAAAAGACAUAUUUAUGGAUUAUAUAAUCAUAUCGAUUGGUCUUAAAUUUGUUGAGUAACAAUGACAUGGAUGACAGCAUGAGUGUCUUCCAUUCUCUUCAAAAUAACUUUGCCAGGCGAUCAGAUAGCCUUAGAAGUUACCACAAAGCAGUGAAUGUUUCUAUCUUUCUGUCCUAUGAAUUCAGAUUCUGAAGAGGAAGCAAGGGUGGCACAGUAGUGAGAGCACUCGCCUCCCACCAGUGUGAUCUGGGUUCAAAUCCCGGCGUUGCCGCCCCACGUGGGUUGAGUUUGUUGUUGGUUCUCUCCCUUGCUCCGAAAGGGUUUUUCUCCGGUUACUCUGGUUUUCCCCUCUCCUUAAAAACCAACACUUUUAAAUUCUAAUUUGACCUGCAAAGCACGGACACGUUUCAAGGAGUUCUUUGUGCUCCGUGGGUAAACAAAUUACAAAAUUUUUUUUAGAGUUUAUGGUUUAGUCACAGAGUAGAUAACAGAGAUAUUGUGGCUUGAAUAAUCAUUAAUGAUAUAUUUUUUUGCUUUGUCUGUGUUGUAGAUCCUUCAGCUCUACCAAAUAUCCCAGAUUCAUCAUGGGUUAAUGAUGGUAGGACCCAGUGGCAGUGGCAAGUCAACAGCUUGGCGCACGCUUUUGAAGGCACUGGAGAAUUUGGAGGGCGUCGAGGGUGUGGCACAUGUUGUUGACCCAAAGGUGAGUGCAUGACACUAAGUAAGGUUAAAUGCCAAUGUUCUGUAGCACUUUGCAUCAUAGGGUACAUGCACAUCUCGACACCAUUGAGACAAGUUACGGGAAGUCGUACUGUAUUUCACUAUUGGAGUGAAGGGAAACGUUUCGGAUCAUUAUAUGUCUCUGGGAAACUGCCCACCUACCCCUCUCCUAAACCAACGUUAACACUUAGUUCUUUUUUUAGGGCAAAUUGUUGGCUUAGGGGACGGGUAGGUGGGCAGUUUUUUAGAUUUGAGGACGAGGACGACCACAAGUACGAGAUUUAACUUAAAAGUUUUUCGCGUAUUGUCGAAAAAUUUUUGACCCUGAGAGCUUCAUUGUACUAUAUUUCACCUGAAAAAUUAGUGCGGUUAUUUUUAUUGAAGAAGGUUUAGCCCCUCCCCGAUAGCAAAAUGAUCAAACUUCUUACAUUAGAUAACUUGUUCCCUCUAUUACGACAUUCUCGCUAAAUCUUGUUGUAGAAUGACGCCGGCUUUUGCGUUUUCCCGCCAAAAUGAAGUUGGUUCACUUGCGAGCACUGCUAAGUAUUGAGAAAAUCUCGUUCUUGUGGUCGUUCUUGUCUUCGAAUCUAAAGCUCUCUAUCGACGGAUGAGGAGAUUAAUUAUAAGCGAUUUAAAUGGGGAAUUGUUAUGUCCUGUCUAUAUACAUGUACUAAGGUAUUGAUUAUGCUCUGAAUUGAAAAAACUUCGUUGUUAUUUUCGUGAAUAAAAGAUUGCAUGUAAGCAGUUACGGUGGUAAAUUGUCUGUGCUUCAGUGAAAGCGGGACAUUUUGUCCUCCUUACUAAUUUAUGUGUCAAAUGAGAUUUUUCUUCACUAUUGAGGAAACUAUUUGAAAAAGAAAUAAGUUUGUGAUCAAGAUGUUAAAACGUUCUUACUUGGACUUGAAGAAAUGAAGGACUGUAACUAUCACUUGGCUUUUGCUUGGUGUCAAUAAUAUAACAUCAUUGGUUUGUUUGGUUUCAGGCCAUUUCCAAGGAAGCUUUGUAUGGAACCCUUGAUCCAAACACCAGAGAAUGGACAGAUGGGUUGUUUACACACAUUCUGAGAAAGUAAUUCUCGCUUUUCGUUUAAUACUAUAACUUUUAAUGUGACCGGUAUAAAUGUAGAAUAACAGUGUGUUAAGAAAUUAACCAUUAAACAGCACCAUAGCAAUAUUUCAGAAAAGCUCUAUUUCUAAUUGUCUUCCUCAAAAACCGCAAUUCUAGUGAUUUUAUGUGAUACGAUGCAAUCGCUUAAAGGCUGUGAGAGUUGUUUGCAGUGCAUGGUAAACGGUGUAAUUGCAAGGAUUUACUUCUCGUUAGCUCUCAUUUUAAUGAACUGUUGUGUAACUCACUGUCCUAAGCAGUCUUUAUUGGCUGCUAAUUAUCGUUUCUGUAGCUUAAACCUACUGUCUGUCUAUUUUUACUAGGAUCAUUGACAAUGUUCGUGGUGAGAUCAACAAACGGCAGUGGAUUAUUUUUGAUGGUGAUGUCGACCCAGAAUGGGUGGAGAACUUAAACAGUGUUCUUGAUGACAACAAGUUGCUGACAUUGCCAAAUGGUGAACGUCUAGGCAUUCCAUCUAAUGUAAGUCAAACUGGAUGUUCAAAAAUGAUCAAAGCCAAGUGAACAUAGUAAACAUGUUCUUGCCAAUAGGGAGCUAGAUACACCGGUCCGUAUCUGUUUACAGGUAGGGAUAGGCGAACAUGUUAGGUACGUAGUUAUAUAAAAGGCAACCCUGAUUUCCCUGAUGUGGUAUUGGCAUCACUAGUCUUACGGUAGGCUAGGGUUAAGAGCGAGUCUAUUUGAUUUAGUACGGGUAAUUUACCCUUGCCCGUACAUGGAAACGGUUUAUCAUAAGGUCUCCAUGACUUCUCUGCCCUGUAGCCUAGCCAUUUCUUCGGGGUAACAGGCAAUCUACCCAUAUUUGCAACUGUGGGUAUGUGUAAGUUACCAGUACCUGCACUUGGAAACUAUGUCUUAAGGUCUCUAACAGCUCUUUACACAUGAUUAGGCUCACCCCACACCAAGACCCAACGACAGGCCUAGCCUUUUUUCAGUACAAAAGCGUCCAGUGACAAAUGAGACGAUAGAAGGCAUGGCAUAACUUAAAUUUUAUACCCUUAGCAAAAGAAAAAAAUGUGAGGCUGACUUUCUAUGGUGCGUGUGUCGAAAGGUUGAUGGAAGACACCAAGUAACGUUACCAGCGUUGUCUCUUUUGUGACCUUUCUUUAUCCCAGCCAUUUGCAGUGUUUCAUGAACGCAUUUUGUCCUUUUUUCAUUUCACCCAACCAGUGGGAAAUUACCUAUAUUUCAAUACUUAAAUUUUCGUUUCGAGAACACAUCUGCAUCCAGGUUCUAUUUCAAAGAAAUGCUUCAUAGCUCCCAGAUGAAAUUCCUUAAGUUUGGAUACACGAUAGGACCACAGUGAGGUUAAACCCAUUUAUCUCUGUGCUCUACGUUAGGUUCGCAUCAUGUUUGAAGUCCAAGAUCUUCGUUAUGCAACCUUAGCUACUGUCAGUCGCUGUGGUAUGGUCUGGUUCAGUGAGGAUGUUCUUUCAACCGAGAUGAUUUUUGACAAUAACUUGUUGCGAAUGAAGAGGGUGCCAAUCGAGGAGUUUGAAGAGGAAACAAGAAGAAUUAAAGCCAGAGGAGAAGAGGAGAAUGCUUUGUCCCCUGCAAUGCAGGUAUGACAAAUCAAAGCACCUCAUGAAGGAGAAAUACUAAUUCCUUUCCUAUGGUUUAACAGCCAACCAAAGGAACCUUUAUAGGGUGCAAAGAAAGUCAGUUUUACAGCCUGCCAUUCGGGCAAGCUGUAGCUAGCAUGUACUAGCCCACAAGUCAUUUCAACUAACCCCCAAACCCUUUUUGAUUAGCAGGAGUGAUAACAAUCCUUCUGUAACUUAAAUUUCGCAAAAACACAGCACUUGCCCGUCGGGCAAGUUAAGAACAAAAAUCACUAGCCCGAAAGCAACUUCACUAGCCCCGGGCUAUCGGACACGACUUUCUUUGCACGCUGCAGUUUUGUGCCUAAACUACCACAGUUUCCUGAACCAAAAUGCCAAUGAAAAUAUUAUUCGAAGGAACAAAUUAACUCUGUGAAACCUUUUCUUAAAACAACAGUUGCACCUGAAAUAUGAACACCUAACCCUUUGGUGAACAAAAGAUGUUAAAUUCUUUCUCACAAACUGUUGGGUGGGCCGGAAGGUCUAAGAACGGCUUACAGGAUUGGUUUAGAAAACAAUAGAUAGCCCUAACCCAAACAAAACUAGCAAUGAACCCCAACUCUGAAAAAAUAGAGCUUCGGGCCAACAAGAACAUAUUAAAAUAGAGGUUCAAAAGAGGUUCUGGCCGACAGAAACUUUUUGUGUGUUUUUUUCUUUUCUUUUUUAAAUUAUGUACUGAUGAUAUCUUCUGUAAAGGCAAAGCUGUUUUUUGUCGGGUGCAUGAAUGUUAAUGCUCGCCUAACCUCAAUACUGAUUCUAAAAAAGUCGAAGAGUUGGGGCAAGUCAAAGCGGGGGAAGGGUGGGUGGGGAGACAUAUUUUUCUUCCCAUCUCCUUCCUUCACACCGAUGCUUACCUCGGGAAUUGAUAUAUCCUCUCUUCCCAAUCUUCCUCAGUGGUAAAAGGAGCUUAAGCAACGACGACGGUGACGUCAACGAGAACGUCAUAAAAGCAAUAGGUUACAUUGGCAAAACAACUCUGCACGUGCAUCACGCUUUUUUGUACAUUUCUUUGCCGUCACUGCACGACUACGACGUGAAUAUGCCUAAUUUCACGUUUUGUGGAGGACGGAAGACAAGGCGACGACUUUCUUUUUCUUUUCGCGAACGUCGAUACAGUCUUUGAGAAUUCAACUCCAGAAAAAAUAGCCAACAUUUGACGAAUUGAAUGAGAUGGAAUAAGCGUGAUUAAGGUUGAAUCAGCGCGAAUUCACUGUUUAAAAAGUGGCGUUUUCGUAUAGCUGCCGCGGCCUCGUUGCUUAACCUCCCUAAAAUCAAAGGUAGCAGCCAUAGCAUUACGAACAUAAGCAAACAGCUUUCACUCCCCAAAAAAUAUGCCUGCAAUGCAGGUUAUGUCUUAGUCCAAGUCGUCCACGAAGGAUAAUAGGGACUUUAAGAUCCAACGACGCGACGGCGACAAGAACGUCGCUUAAGAAGUAAAUUUGCGUUCUUUCAGUCUUUAUAGCGAUUAUUCCUACCCACUUACUUUGUCAAUUGUAGGCAAACCCUCCUGAAGCUGAAUUUCAAGGGACCAAAUUCAAGCUCAGAAAGAGAAAUAAAAUUUCGUCGUUGGUUGUUUACGUCCUCCGUAUUAGGCAUUUUCACGUCGUAGUCGUGCAAAAACGAGAAAGAAAUGUACAAAAAAGUGUGAUGCAUGCGCGAAGUUGUUGUUUUGCUAAUUAAACCGAUUGUUUUUUUGACGUUCUCGUUGUCGUCCGCGUCGUUGGAUCUUAAAGUUCCUAAUACGUUUUGAAAAACUGAUCCCAAUAACGAUGACUUUUUAGGUCCAGAGUGACUUUGUUGACAUCGUUCAAGAACACUUCUCACCCAACGGUUUGGUUGUCAAGUGUUUGGAGUUUGCUUUCAAGCAAGAGCACAUCAUGGAUUUCACACGUAUGAGGGCAUUGGAGUCACUCUUCUCCAUGAUUCACCAAGGUGUCAGAAAUGUUCUCCAGUAUAACCAGCAACACCCAGACUUCCCAAUGGAGGUAAGCAAAAGUGUACUUUUAGUGGUAAUAGCCACAUGCCUGAGAUUUUUCAUGUUUUCCUUUCACAACUGUAUAAAUUGCGUCUUUAACUGCCUUGAUCUUCUAUGCAUUUAUUUCUUUAUUUCGUAUAUUCAUCAUCUCAAAAUAAAUAAACUGUCAAUGAACUUACUGCACUUUUCACAAACAUGAAAACACCGACGAUUGCGUUUUUCGCUGCUGUCAAUCAUCUUAACGGACCUCUAAGGAAACAAAACUUUACUUCACGGCUUCAAAAGGUCAUGGUUUGUGAUUUGUGAUUGGUGGAUUUCGAUCCGUUUUGUGUGUUUCUCUGUUUCAAGGUUAGUUGCUUGUGAUCGUAAUUAUGAUUGACGGCAGCGAAAAACGCAAUUGUUAAGGUGUCUUUUGAACUUUAGAGUUCGUAUGUUUGUGAAAAGCGCAGUAACUUCUUUGCAGGUAUAAGGUGCCCACUAUUCUUUCCUCUCCCAGAGUCAAUUUAAAUGACGUGCAAUUUGGUUGUAACUUUCCAAAGGGGGGGGGGGUAAUUGUACUAACCUGAGGCACCAUCCUUAGUGUAGCGUAUUUGAAUAUUAUUCAUACUCAACCGUAGUUAUAAAGGUUUAAAGGAUCUCCUGGAAUAUGACACACUGAAAUAAGAUUCUCAAAUCUGUUCUUUUCUCUUGAAGAAAUUCAUUAGGCUACUAAGUUCAAGUGAUUUCGACCACCAACCAGGGGGGAGGGGUGGCCUCGACAGAGUAACUUUCCGCGGUUGUCGCAAUUAACAUUUUCAAUAGCCUAUUUAGGGCUACUGACACCUGUGACGUUUUUAGUUUUGUUGAAGAUGGCUGUUGGUCAUUGAAACGUUCAGCGUAAUUAGGAUUUUUCUUUUGGCCAUGCUUUAAUAGUUAUUCUCGCAUCUGUUAUAUAAAUAUUCGUUCUUUUACCAUCCUCCCCAGUUAUGUAAAAAAUACCUUAACUUACCAACACAAAACAAGUUUGUCUUGUAGGGGUUUAUGUUAGUGUGCUGUAUUUCCCAGAACCCUACAAAGAAACUUUUUCCCAGUGCUAAUAAUUAAUCUAGGUUUUUUUACGUUAAAUUUUCUGUCGACAGAGAGAUCAAAUAGAGCGGUACGUUCCAAGGUACCUGAUUUUCUGCCUCUUGUGGGCUUUCUCUGGAGACUGUAAACUUAAGACUAGAGAGGAUUUGGGCAAGUUCAUUAGGAGUAUCACCACAAUCCCUUUGCCCUCAAGCACAUCAUCAUCCAUCGUGGACUUUGAGGUAUGAAGAUUGUGGUCAGACAGUAAAUAAACAGCUCGUUUUUAAGAAUGACAUAUACUCCUUUCCCCCUAGCCCUGCUUUAGAUACUACUUAUUAAAAGUGAGGUCAUUACAGGGAAAUCUCAGACCGAGGUUUGAUGUAUUGACUGAGCGAUUGAAUUAAGAAUUCCAAUCUUUAGAAAAGCUGAAAACCAGAACUCCAAUCUUGAGAAAAGCUAAAAUUCAGAAUUCCAAUGUUUGGAAAACCCAAAAUUCAGAAUACCAAUGUUUGGAAAACCCAAAAACUGGAAUUCCAAUGUUUAGAAAAAGCUAAAAUUCAAAAUUCCAAUGUUUGGAAAAGCCAAAAACCACAAUUCUAAUCUUUGGAAAAGCAAAAAUUAAGAAUUCCAAUCUUUGAAAAAGCCAAAAUUCACACUCCUAAUGUUUGGAAAGCCAAAAACCAGAAUUCCAAUGUAUGGAAAGGCGAAAAUCCAGAAUUCCAAUGUUUGGAAAAGGCAAAAACCAGAAUUCCAAUCUUUCUGGAAGGCCGAGGUUGGGGAUGCUUUAGUUUGUAUUUCUGUUCACCCGAAGACGUUAUCUUAAACUCACUAAUUCAACACAAACCUGAAAGGAGUUAGAUCAAGCACUCUUAUUGAGCGCUCAUAACAACAGCAAACACCUUCGAUUUCGUUGAAAAUAGAACGCUAAGCGUCAACUUCCUUCGGUUUGACAUAUUACGGAGCUUAAACAAAGGCGUUUUUGAGCGGUGCACGCAAGGUUGUGUAUGUUUACAGAUAUAUCUUUUGUUUCCAGGUCACUAUUCAAGGUGAAUGGGUGCUAUGGCAAUCCAAGGUGCCUCAAAUUGAAGUCGAGACUCACAAAGUCGCAGCACCUGAUGUUGUCGUGCCAACAGUAGACACAGUGCGACAUGAAGCACUCUUGUACACGUGGUUGGCUGAACAUAAGCCCAUGGUUCUUUGCGGCCCACCAGGCAGCGGCAAGACCAUGACACUCUUUAGCGCAUUGAGAGCUUUGCCUGAUAUGGAGGUAUGUAAUAGGCCACUUCCGAGUCCCAAAAACCCUCACUUUCAAAAUGAGGCCAAGUACACAACCGUUGUUUUGAAAAUGACUUUUAUUUGCAUGAGAAUAGAAAAACAUUUCCAUAUCAAAGGCUGAGCACUUGACCUCGUUUUGAUACAGAGGCCCGGGGAAACUCGGAAAUAGCCUAUUUCAAAGGUGGAAGAGAUCAGUUUAGCUUUAUUUGGCUUGCUUCAAAGACUUUCUUCUAAGACAAUUCGGUAUAUGGCCCGAAGAACAUUGCCACUUAACAAAAAGUUCACCUUGUAAGGCACAGGGAGUAAACGUACAAGGCGCAAGUUUGGACCGUUGUAAGGGCACUUCUUUUUAGACAAAUGUUUAAGAAAAUUUUCUAAGUUAUUCGAUAAGGUUUAGGAUUUUCUCUUGGGAGAAGUUAUACGCUUGGUAAGGAGAUUAGGAGAUGUUUGCCUUGGUAAACUAUUUUUACAGUGAUUGUCUAAUGUCUUGGUUAGUAUACCCGCACGUGACAUUAGGGCGUUUAUACGGAAAGUUCGCGUCUGAUUUAGGACGCGUCUUAUUUUUCCUCGUAUAAAUGGCCCUAUUGUGCCGUUCUCUCAUGGUAGGUUUCACGUAGGUUUUGACCUUCUUGAAACCCUUCUUGAAACCCUUCUCUUUACAGGUUGUCGGUUUGAACUUCUCUAGUGCAACCUCUCCUGAGCUGCUGCUGAAAACGUUUGACCAUUACUGCGAGUACAGACGGACUCCGAAUGGAAUCGUUUUGGCCCCAGUGCAGCUUGGCAAAUGGAUGGUGUUGUUCUGUGAUGAGAUCAAUCUUCCAGACAUGGAUCAUUAUGGUAAAUACUUCCCAAACUCAUUAAUAAUUCGUAAAGAAAAUACAUAGGUAGUUAAUGUUUUGUGAGUGUUUAAAAAUUAGAUGAAAAACUGCUCAUUUUUGCAUCCUUAAUUUCUCUUUCUAAAAUCAUUUUGUUUGAGAAGUAAUAUCAAGCAUUGGACACAGUGUUUCAUCACCAGAUGAAACACCUCGAAGUUCGUCAAAAAUACUCCGCUACUAGUCGUAUUUUCAACUCUUCUCAGUGUUUCAUCUGGCGAUGAAACACUGCGUCUCAUGCUUGAUAUAUUACGUCAUAGUCUGUGAGCACACUCUCCACGUGGUGGAUAUCGCGAGAGUUCACGCGCGAGAGGCACCCCUCGCAGUUCAGCUGAUCGCGCGGCUCCCUCUUCUUUCCACUCGAAAUGAAGAGCUUUCUCGCAGGCUAAGUUCACCAAAUCAAAAAAGAAUGGUCAAUUAAAACCUUUGUAGGCCAAUGCAGUACGUAACAGGGUACCCAGCUGGGUAAGUUGCUUGUGAGAAAGCUCAAACGAACAGAAUGAUGAAUUACCUUUGAUUCGGGGUCGUGAUCAGUCGAAAGAAUUAUCGCAUAAAGAGCUCCAGGAUUACACCUGCGAGCAAAAGCACAAGAGGUGAAUGUGUACUUACCCCAAUUCUUCACCGAUCGCUCACGCUCGACCUUCGACUUUCGCGGUCUCAACGUGGAGAUAGUCCUUGACCCUAGAUAAUUCGGGGCAAACAGGAAAAUCAACCGGAAGUUCAUUUUGUAGGGAGUUUAUGCUAUUGCGUACGAUAGCAAGCAUACAGUAACAGGAUACAUAACGUUGCUAUUUUAUGUAACGAUAUUAUAAUAAGUAAAAUUGCGUUCUUUCUGUAGGCACGCAGCGUGUGAUCUCCUUCUUGAGGCAAAUUGUUGAGCAUGGCGGGUUUUACCGCACCACAGAUCAAGCCUGGGUCACCAUGGAGAGAAUACAGUUUGUUGGAGCCUGCAAUCCACCCACUGACCCUGGAAGAAAACCUCUCUCACACAGGUUGGCUUUUGUCAAGUUUCCACCCACAUGGUAGUCUGCUACACAGCCGUUUUUAGUGUCAUCACGCAACGCUCCUCCCCACUAACACUAAAAACGGCUGUGUAGCAGACUACCCACAUGGGUGGUCGGACUUAGUUUGAGGAUCCUUGCGUGUGCCUUUCGAAAAAGAUAUAUGACUUAAACGGAAAUGUAUUUAAAUUUAAAAAAUUUUUGAAGUUGCCUCGGUGAGAAUUUUUCGUCUUGGUCCGUUUCUGGGUGGGUGUUGUAGGUGUUUAAAGUAAAAUGAGCGAAACGGGAAAAGUAAAAGUACCUAUUCACCUCCUAAAUUGAGUCUUAAGCUUUACACCUAUUGAGGGCCAAAUGGUGUAACUUUUAAGGGCUUAUGUGGAGCACGAAUUUAAGUGAGUGCCAGAGUAGGGUUAAAUCGUUCUUUGAUUAAGUUAAAUCUUCACUUAAGUGCUUAAACAGAUCUCAUGAAUUUGCAGUGAGCAGAUUUAUUUUACAGUUAUCCUUGUGAACCCUUGAGACCAAAAAAUCUCAAAUCCCUGGCAUUCUCUCAUUUUACAGCAAAUUUUCCUGUACCAUUGUCUGUUCAAUGUGGAGAGGUAAACUCAACUUUCACCAAUGGUCCCAGCGAUUUUUCGUCCUUUUUAGUUCUUACUUGAAUUUCCUUAACUUACAGUUGAAUGGUUUCCAUUUGAAAUGCAACAGCUGACCUAUCUCCCUAACAGUAACCUGUCUUUUUAUUGUUAGAUUCCUACGUCAUGUACCGGUCAUUUAUGUUGACUACCCUGGCCCCACCUCGCUCACUCAGAUCUAUGGCACAUUCAAUCGUGCCAUGCUAAGAAUUGUUCCACCGCUUAGAAGCUAUGCACAACCUCUUACUGAUGCAAUGGUGGAGUUCUACUCCAUGUCCCAGGUAAAAAGGAGUCUAUAGAGCGAUUUUUUACUAGGUCACAUUGGUCAUAUUAAUGUACAGAAAGCAAUGAAACGGCUAUCGUGUUGGUGUACCAAGCAAGUCCUGUGGAAGGAGAAUUGUUUUCUUAUGAAACAACGAAAGCUUUUUUAAGCGGAUUCUUGUUUGCAACUAGCGUAAUGACUGCUUUUAUGUCAGUUAAAUCUCUAUCUUCUAAUAAUAAGCCACACUGAAUCGGUGACGUGGGAGACAAUGAAGGAAAUGAUUAGAGCAGCGAAGGUAUGAAUUACCUUAACAAUUCGCGAAGUUUAGAUUUAAAAUUUAUCAUUUUAGAAGCUACAUCAAACAUGAAACAGUCUUCUUUCCAAGAUUCAAAUACCUUAAAUUUCUCGGUGUGUGGAUAUUGGACGGAACAUUGUGACUGUUGUUUAACCCUUUCACUGCCAGAUUGAAUAAUGGAGUUUUGUAAGGUAGCUUUAACUUUUUGAGUCUGUGGACGAAAUCCUUUGGUGUGACCAUUCAAAUGAAACCUCUCAAUCUGUACUUUCACAUAGUGCUACUUGUUUUUCAAAAUUUUACAAAACGAAAUUUGGGAUUGUCUAUCGAAUUUUGCCUUAGGCCACAUUUGGCAGUGAAGAGGUAAUAUAUUAGAUCACAGGAUUAAAACGCGUCGACAAUUUUUUUAGGAACGUUUCACUCAAGACAUGCAGCCCCAUUACAUAUACAGUCCUCGUGAAAUGACUCGAUGGGUUCGAGGCAUCUGCGAAGCACUGAAACCGUUGGAGACUCUUUCAAUCGAGGGCCUGGUUCGUUUGUGGGCACACGAAGCACUGCGACUUUUCCAGGAUCGGUGAGAUUUAGGUCACUCUAUGCCGGAUAGGUCACAGAUUUUAGCCUAAAUUGGAUAUGCUAUUUCUUGAGGCUAAGAACAAGUUCUUAAUGUCUCCGUUUGUCAUGUAGCUGUAGAUAGUUCGUAUUUUUGUAAACGUUACGAAAUUUCAUUGACGUGAUUCUUUUUCAAGUACCGUGAAUUCUAGACUUCUAAAAGUGAACCUCUUAUAAUUUCUUGAAACGACCUUUAAUGAGGAAAAGCGAGCGAACUUCAAGGAGGUCACGACAAAACGAGCGAUGAGGUCGCCUGAAUGGAUUUAAAUCAUACUAUAAAUUCACGCAGGAAAAAAACAAAUUGGGGCGUCUUCCUAGAGCUUCCAGGUUAAGUCAUUGUGAAACCCUCAAUCUACCAUUUGUCAAUUGUCAUGACUUGAACGAAAUUUUUUUCGGUGAAUUUCGCGCCUAACAGAUACGAGAAGUCCUUUAAAAUGGCAUAACCAACCAGGGGAGGGGGAAUAAAGUAAAAUCUUAGGGAAUUUGUGAUGACUGUUUUUUGUUCAUUGUCUUUUACCAGGUUGGUUGAAGACGACGAGCGCAAAUGGACAGAUGAAAACAUCAGCAUGGUCGCGUUGAAACAUUUUCCCAAUGUUGACAGCAAUGCAGCUCUAAAGCGACCAAUCCUUUACAGCAACUGGCUGUCAAAGGAUUAUAUUCCAGUUGAUCAGGAGGAGCUGAGAGAUUUCGUGAAAGCUAGACUGAAGGUAUGGACUAUGAUAUGGAUGAUAGUUAUAAUUUGUAGGUGCAGCUUCAAGCGGAGUUUCAUACUUUAUAAAAGCAAUGUAAACCCAUGUGGAAAAUCUGAACGUGACGCUUGUAGAGUCCUCAAGCUUACACAAGGAUCCCAACGUUGUAAUGUGCACCAGGACGUUGAGUGCAUUUUCAAAAUUGACUUGCCAAAAUUGAAGGUGAUUCUUUGGAUGUUUGUGUUUGUGUUUAUCCAAUGAGGAGAAUUUUAUAUACAUUACAGUUCCAUCCGCAGUUAGCAAAGACUAUCCUCCCAACGCUUAACUACAAAUACCGCUGAUGAUGAGAUGAGAAGUACAUUUGUUUCAUUUCAAUACUUGCCCUUUUGCUUUUCAAAGGUGUUUUAUGAAGAGGAGUUGGAUGUACCGUUAGUGUUGUUCAAUGAAGUACUUGACCAUGUUCUGCGGAUCGACAGAAUCUUCAGACAGCCACAGGUCAGUUAAAAAUUGGAAUUUUGGGACCUAGAGUUCUGAAAACUUUGAGGUAGCUUUUUUUUUGCUGUUGUUGAGCACCACUUAGAGAGAUUUUCAACAGAGUGCCAAAAAAGUUGAAACCAACUUGAGACUAACAAUCCUAUAGCGUAUAUUCCAUAAAGAAUACUAGUAGAUGCUUGCUGACAACUUUCGUAUCCAUUGUUGGUAGGGGAAUAGGGUUUCAUAUAUGCAACUUUUGUCAGUGUUUUAUGAAGUCAUGUGCAACUUUUUAAUCUACAGGGCCACUUGCUGUUGAUUGGUGUGAGUGGAGCUGGAAAAACCACAUUGUCCAGAUUUGUGGCGUGGAUGAAUGGUUUAAGCGUUUUCCAAGUCAAGGUUUGUGCAAUUUUUUAAAAGGUAAUUUGUUUAAAAAAAUGUGAAGGUGUGAUGGUCUUGUGCUUAACUAGUCAGAAACUGGAUCUAGCGGGGUGGAGUAUGGUCUUGGCUGUGCUAAAGAGUUGUUUCCUUGCAUAAGGAACUGUAUCUCUCCAUAUAGGUUUUUAAUUGGAUACCAAUGUCGUACCUCUCUUGGUAACUCUUUCGGGGGUCUUUUCAUCCGGGUGGGGUGUGCUGGGUGGGUUGUUGCAGUUAAGCUUUUAGAUGCCGCGUGCCACUAAAAUCAGAAUAAGCUAUUAUAAUAAUUAUGGACCUUUUUGGCGUGCAGUUUGCCUUUGUUAAAACUUAUUGUUUGCUCAGAUAGUUAAAUGGUAAGUACGUUGUCGAGGCCUGACAUCUUUGUAUUUCACAUUACUAGAUUCACCGUAAAUACUUGGCGGCAGAUUUUGAUGAAGAUUUGCGAGCGGUGCUCAGACGAGCAGGUUGCAAGAACGAGAAGAUUGUCUUCAUUUUGGAUGAGUCCAACAUUUUGGAGUCAAGCUUCCUGGAAAGAAUGAACACUCUUUUGGCAAAUGGAGAGGUAAAAAAAAAUUAUGGAUUGAAAUAUAUGGUGGGGGAAGUUUCAAUGUAAAGACGACUGUACACAAUGCCCCUUAGAAUGGGUCCUCUGUUCAAAAAUAUUUAUAUCUAAAGUAAGUACCUCUCAGUAGCUCUCAUUUAAAUGGGCACAUUUUCAUUUAUAAAUUAAUAAGGUAGAAUCAUCUUUUAAGGCUUAAUAAGCAUCCAUAAGCGUAUGAAUAAUAGUUCAAUAAGCACUGAUUUUCCAAUAUUCUUAUAUUGUUGUCUGUAAUGUAGGUUCCAGGAUUGUUUGAAGGCGACGAGUACACCACACUAAUGACACAGUGCAAAGAAGGAUCACAAAGAGAGGGCCUGAUGUUGGAUAGCAGUGAGGAGCUGUACAAAUGGUUUACACAGCAGGUUAGUUGAUACAGGCGGGAGGUAGCUUGCGCGCAAGCUCUCUAUUUUGUUCCCUUGUCACGCGAGAACGCACGAGGGAGGGGCUUUCCCCGCCUCGUGCUCGCGUCUCCUUUCUCGCGAGUCAUCACGAUAUCCCCCAAAUAGUGGGCUUUUACGCCGGCUGUCGAGAAGACCCUACGUUGGACUCGCAACCCGUAGGGUUGGGUCCGAGUCCCGCCCCGACUCCCUGAGCCCCUGGUCCAAUUCCCGCCCUGAACAACUGACACCAUGAUCCUGUCCCUCCCCGACUCCUUGCACCUCAGGCCCGAGUCUCACCCUAGUACCCUGGUCCAAGUCUCGCCCUUAUCCCUGGUCCCUGAUUGGCCUUCACUUUCAGUAUCCCUGUAUUUAACGCCUCGGCCAUACUUGUAAAUAACCUACUGAUUUGCGUCCCGCCAGUUGAAGAAGAUGGUUAAACUUCGCCAAGGCACCGCACAUUUUUAAAGGUUAGAUAUCAUAGUAGCACGUUCUUUCUCAUUUUCUCAGGUCAUGAACAACCUGCAUGUUGUUUUCACCAUGAAUCCAUCAUCAGAGGGACUUAAGAGCCGUGCAGCGACGUCUCCUGCUCUGUUCAACAGGUAUGCGCCAACCUGACGAACACUAUAAUUUUGAGUUGAUUAAGCUAACUUGAUAUCUAUACGCCCAUGUCGUGCAUAUAUCCAUCACCAUUCUUUUUCAUCCAUGGUGAGAGGCCAUUUUCGCUGAUUUAUCCUCAGACCGCCAUUGAAAAUUCUUUUCCUUUCAGAUGUGUUCUCAAUUGGUUUGGCGAUUGGUCCACUGGUGCGCUGUAUCAAGUUGGCAAGGAGUUCACCAGCAAGAUUGACUUGGAAAAAUCCAACGUAAGUACAAGAUAUUCCGAAGAACAAAGAUGUGGCAAAAAAACAUCUAAUGAAACCGACAUUAAAAACGGUAGUCGCGAUCCUGGAGUCCUUGAUCGUUGAAACUGAUGACGUCACAAGCGGUAGAAUGGGCGUGGAUCCACACGGGCGGUUACGGGCGGUUCAGGGGCGAAUGGGACAAUGGAAAAUUUAACGUCGUAGUCGUGCAUUGACGGUACAGAAAUGAAGCCAAACGUUUGAUGCAUGUGCAGAGUUGUUAUUGUUGUUGUUGUUUGUUAUUUAAAAAAAAGCGCUUUAUCUGAAAACGAAGGUACUAGAUGAGGACACAAUUUUACAUCUUCUACUAGAGACUCGACCUCCUUUUUUUUGUGGUCAUCAGAGCCUCGUGAAGGAAGUACCUUUAUUGCUCAGUUACUGUAGAGCCCUCAGAGUAUUGGUCCAGUCCCCGGGAUCGAACCCUCGACCUCCCGCAUUGAAAUCAAAGGUUUUCUUAGCCGUCGCCGUCGUAGUCACUUAAGCCCCCAAUUUAAGUGCUCAUCGUCGAAUUAUAUUGAUGAAAGGGCCUUUUUGGAUACGUACAGGUUUGUGUUCUAUCUGGUUUCAUGACAAAUGUAUGAUUUUCUCUUCCUGCUUUUUCACACAGUACACUCCUCCGGACUACUUACCCAAAGUGUAUGAAGACCUUCCAAUGUCACCCACCCACCGAGAAGCUGUCAUUAACGCAUUUGUGUACGUUCAUCAAACGCUACACCAGGCCAAUGAGCGCUUAGCCAAACGAGGAGGUCGAGUGAUGGCUAUCACACCUCGACACUACCUGGACUUCAUUAACCACUAUGUAAGUACAAUCCACGAUUCUGAAAUGGCCAAGACCAUGGAGAGCAAGGCUGGCGUAGUGGUGAGAGCACUCGCCUCCCACCACUGUUUGUUGUUGGCUCGUUCCUUUGCCCCGAGAGGUUUUUCUUCGGGUACUCCGGUUUUCCCCUCUCCUUAAAAAAACAACAAUCCCAAAUUCCAAUUCGAUCUGGAACGCACGGACGCUUUUAAACGGGUUCUUAAAAACCUUUCAGUAUUACAUGGGUGAAGAAAUUACAAGACUAUUGAGAAAAAAAUUAUGCGGUACUUAAUUUUCGGUUGUUAUUUUUAGGAAAAAAGCCAAGACGAGUGGGAUCAUCUGCUGCAUUCUCGUAUAGCUGUCACAUUUGCCCGGUGGAAUUUUGCACCAUUUGCUAGUCAUUACCAGAAAAAUAUAUACUUUUCAUAAUGUAAUCAUAAGUUCUUGUACCAUGGAAAUACGUUCAUUUUUACGAAUCCGCAUUCACUUUAGUCUUAACAAAUCCGGUGAGCCUUUUUACGUGGAGAUAAAUAUCACGGUAAUAAGUAAUGGUAACAGGACUGAGUGGAGCCCAAUUCGGUCUGUAAUCAUACGAGUGAUUAACAAAAUCGGAUGACCGCGUAGCGGGAGUCCGAUUUGUUUAAUCGCGAGUAUGAUUACAGACCGAAUUGGACGACGCGAAGUUCUGUUACCAAUUAAUCAUAACUUUAACAAAAUUUGUGAUACAAUAGGCUAUUUUUUAAACCAAAACACAAGAAAUUCGACAUUUUGUUUUGCUAGCAGUGAAAAAAAAGCCAUUUAAGCGCGCGCGUGAUGGCGCGUACUGUCCAAUUACUUAGGCAUGACGCGUACUGUCGUAUUAAACUGUCCAAUUAAGGCUGAAAUCAGGGCAGUUGAGAGCCAAUCAGAUUUGACAAUUUUGUUAUAGUUAUGAUUAAACUGAUAACUACGCUUAAGUAUAUUUUCUGGUAGUGACUAGGAAAAGAGGUAAUGCGACGGCUUUACGGAUAUGCUGUAAAUGAAUCCACCCAAAGAGCCUAAGGCCUAGUUUGAUUGGGUGCAAUGUGAAGGUCCAUGUUCAUCCAACAUUUUUUGGGUGUUGGAUACUUUUGCACUCUUUGUUGAACAAUGGUAGAUGUUUUUUGAAUGCGUUAAGACUGAACUUCAUCCAACGCGAAGGACCACGUUUUGACGGCAUCGUAGAUCACCGCCAAGACUUGGUGCAAAUUUUCAGACUAUAAAAUGAUUUUAUGGAUUAUCUUUCAAUCAUUAAUAAUUCUGUUUUUUGUAUUUUAGGUCAAACUUUUCAAUGAGAAGAGAUCGGACCUAGAAGAGCAGCAGCUUCACUUGAAUGUUGGUCUACAGAAAAUCCACGAGACUGUGGAUCAGGUGAAGAAUAAAUGUUGUAAGAAAAUUAGGGUUUGUGAGAAACUUUCAGUGACUUACAGCCCUCUCAGGUUGUUAUUUAUGUAGAGACACAGAGCUAUGCUGCUUUAACACGCUUUAUUACGCUUUUUUUGCCUUUUUAUUCUUAGGUGGAAGAGCUACAGAAGAGUUUAUCGCUUAAGAGUCAAGAACUGGAGGCCAAGAAUGCCUUAGCCAAUCAGAAACUCAAACAGAUGGUGAGAAGAAAAUUCAUUGUCUUUUAAGACGUUAAAUUAGUUUCUAGUUUCAAGUUAUCUGUGUUGUUAUUUCAUACAACAAAAUUCACUAAGACUGUUAGGAGUAGACUUCUAUCGCCAGUGAUUUAAGGCAAGUCCGCUUGUCAAGCUUUGAUUUCUGAGUAUUCCAAUUUUGUUAUUCUCAUGCAGGUUAAGGACCAGCAAGAGGCAGAGAAGAAAAAGGUCACAUCCAUUGAAAUUCAGGCAACAAUAGAGGUACGGAACGAAAUAUUCGAUUAAGGUGUUGAGCAGUUGUAUGAAGACCUCUACGGAGCCCUCAGCAGAGACCCCACAGACCCUAGACGACAGUUGUGUAGGAGCUGCUCGUAAGGUCUCUCCUGAUUAGUCGCAGAAAACAAUGACAUAUCAUUCUUUCAAUUGUUUCAGUAUUGUUUGGGGUCAGGGUUAGGCACCAUUGGUGACUUCUCUUCCGAGCAGCUGCCACAUGGCCCCCUGGACGACGGAAUCACGACCCUCACGAAUAGUUGUAUAUGGUCAAGCAAAAGACAACACUGGAACUGGAUAUUUCUUGUUAACUUCACUUAAAAUGCAGUUCAAAGCUUGAGCAUGAGACUAGGUUACUCUUUUGUCGAAUUGCAUUAUGGGACUGUUUUGUUUCCCGCGCGCGCAUCUUCGCGCUCACCAAUGAAAGAACCUUUAGCGUCCAGGGUCAUCAAGGCACACAAACCUUUCCACCACGUUAAGGUGCAACACUUCAACGCAGCCGCAAAAUGGCUGACAUAGACUGCUUUCCUUGAAAUUCACCGCGUUUCAUGAUAUAUAAUUUUUAAAUUACUUUCAGAAACAAACCAAAGAGAUCAAGGAAAAGCAGACAAGUGUGAUGGCUGAACUCGCCAAAGUAGAACCUGCUGUACAGGAUGCCAAGAUGGGUAAGCCACCUAUCCCCAGUAUCGUAGUUAAAAUUCUCAUUUCUCUCUUUACACCUUUUAGCAUAUAGCUGUUCUUGAUGCUAAAUUGAGUUAACAACAGUCUUGGGAAGAUUGCAUUACUCUGACUCCGUUGGAAAGAUACGUGAAGUCAAACGCUACAAAUUUCCCAAUUAGUGCUUAUUGAGGUGCCCUGUUAAACAUAAAAGGCAAUGGACUGGGUAUACCCAUGUGGUAACUGCCGCUUGAUUUGCACAGUUGGGAGAGCGCCGGUCCGCUGAGCAGGAGGUCGCGGGUUCGAACCCAAAAAUCCACUAGCCCCGGGCUAUCGGACACGACUUUCUUUGCACGCUGAUCAAAGGGUUGAUUUGUCCCUUAGUGGAGCCUGAAUUACUUCUUCAGUCCACAUUCCGACCCUAGUGUAAUUCCCAUUACGUUUUAUUUUAGCUGUGAAGUCCAUCAAGAAGCAACAUCUUGUUGAAGUCCGUUCCAUGGGAAAUCCACCCCCUGCUGUGAAACUCGCCUUGGAAUCCAUUUGUUUGUUGCUUGGAGAACAAGCAGCAGAUUGGAGAGCCAUCAGAGGUGUUAUCAUCAAGGACAACUUUAUCUCCACAGUCGUGAACUUCUCCACAGAGGACAUUUCGUAUGUAGAACAACCUUGUUUACCUUUUACUAUUUCACCUCUGGUAGCAUAGGACCGGGGACCGGGGAUUCCCCAGCGACUAAGAGCAUAUCCCGUGGCCGCUGUCAUAUGAAACAAAAGGAAAGUAAAAACAACAGCAAUUCCUGGGCUGGCACUAAGAGCUGGGGGCGGGGGAUUUUUUCCGGCUACUCUGAGCGUGAGCCCCAGCUACUUUCAUAGGAAACGAAAGCAAAAUAGAACUAAAAAACGGAUCAAUUUAGGUUUUCUGGGAAACUGCUCACCUACCCCUCCCCUAACCCAACAUUUUGCCCUAAGUGAGAAGUAAGUGAUAAUGUUGACUUAAGGGAGGGGCAGGUGGGCUGUUCUCCAGAAACCUAAAUUUCCUUGCUUUACAUUUCCCCUCCUACUAAUCGCAUACACCCGUCAACUUGAAAUGUAAGCGGCAGCCCUGGAAAUUCCUAACUGUUUACUUCCCACCGCCCACCAAUAACCUACACCCGGCAACUUGCAAUCUUAGUGACAGCCCUGUAGCAUCCUAUUUGAAGAGUCGAACCUCUUCGUGCGCUCAACUCCUUGUUCGUAAAACGCUCUGUUAUGGUCCGGUUUUGGUUCUAACGAUUCAAAAAGACGUACCGCCCAAUCCCCACCUCUAAAAUACGGACACCUGUUGUAAAAUCACACAAUCACAGAUUUCAUUGUAUUAUAUAUCUAUCUAAUGUAGGGAGGACAUCCGUAAGAUCAUGCUGAGCAAGUAUAUGAGCAAUCCUGAUUACAACUUUGAGAAAGUGAAUCGUGCCAGUGUGGCUUGUGGACCUCUUGUUAAGUGGGCUAUAGCACAGGUAUGGUGAAAAUCAACUUGAAUCUUAAGCUGUCAUAAACCUCCGAGUUACCCUGUAGAGCAGUAUAUGCAAUACCACAGGAUAGUGAUACUCAGUAUCUUUUAUCUGAAUGGUCUCACUUUAGGAUUUCACCUACAGAGUCAAAAAUAGAACCAACUUGUACAACAUAAGAAACAGUACCCCAAGAAAGUACUACCUAGUAAAAAAAAUGCACUUUAUUUGAGUGUCAAUGUAUUUAGCACGAAAGUACUAAUUGGGGACACUAUUUUUACGUCUCCUAAUGGAGACGGGACCGCCAUUUUACGUGGUAAUCUGAUCCACGCGAAGGUCUAGCCGUUUGAAGGACAAAGGAAGUACCUUCAUUUCUUAGUUAUUUUAAGACCCUGAGUAUUGGUCCGGUCCCGGGAAUCGAACCCGCUACCUCCCGCUCUGCAGUCAAGCGCUCUACCGACUGAGCUAAACCUGCCUAAACCACACUUUUAGUUGAGUGGUCAUCAAUAGAGCCAAAACGUUUCAACCAUCUUGUACUGUAUAAUAAACAGUACCAAGGGAACUACCCCUUAGUAACUUUCAUUUGAAUGGAAUGAUUUCAUCCUCAGAAUAAAAGGUUAAAGCACGUAUAGUGUGAUAAUACUGCUUAGUAGCGUCGAUUUCAAUUGUCAUACAGUUUCGUCAGACUUAAAAAUGACAUUGUACAGUAAACAAAACCACAGUAAAGUACCAUCGAACAGGUUCCAAUGCAAUGGUCACGCUCUAUUAAGCACUCUAUUAAGGUUUUCAUUCCCGAUCGUUAUACAUAUACGUAAACCUUAUGCAGCGAAAUACUAUUGUUUGCAGAUCAGCUAUGCAGACAUGCUCACAAAGGUAGAUCCACUGAGAAAUGAACUUAAAAGCCUAGAGAUAGAGGCCCAGGCCAGCCGAAUCAAGGUGAGUAAACAGAGGUCAACCAUGUAAUCGUCCGCCUCGAUCUUUUCAAGAGUUUUUGGGAUGAUCGAGGCGAGUCGGGCGGUAAUAGGGAAACCAGCAGCCUCGUCCCCAGGCCAGUUCGCGGUAUCCGAGUGAACAGCGGAGGCUUGGAACCGAGCGGAAUAGAGUUCGGCGAAUUCUCCCGACAAGCUUGAUAGAUGACGUCACGUUACAUCCGAAAUCGCCGAGGAGGACUAGGAACGAAGCUGCAGGGAAACCAGCCUUAAAGCCGUAGCGCUAUCCACCGGAUAGAUCACUAUCCAGCGGAAAAGUAUCACGGAAACCGAUUUUGUUUCGACAGCGUUGAGAUUUAUCCAGUGGAUAGUGUUAUCCACCUUUUGAACAACUGGGACCUAGCACAGUGGGUGUUAACCCUUUAAGCCGUAAUAUCCAAAUACAAAUUCUCCAGGCUGAUCUCCUUUCAUUUCCUUAAAUAAUUGGUUGAGAGAAUUUGUUUGCUGAUCAAAGCUUUUCCUAUCAGGUGAUCAUUUCAUUAAUUCUCUCAACAUUUUCUCUCUAUUGUGUUUUGAUAUUGUUAAGAGAAAAUUGACUUUGGUCACUUUUGGGACUUAAAGGGUUAAGUUAUUGUCGGGAAGGUCAUUUGUCGAUGUUCUAUGUUAGACUUGCCUCUUUACCUUGAACUUAUUAAUUUUUUGGUUAUUAAUUCUUCCUUACAUCAUAGGCUGAUGAGAUUAGCCAGGUUAUUGCUGAACUAGAGAAGAGUAUUGCCCGUUACAAGGAGGAAUAUGCUGCACUAAUCAGUCAGGCCCAGGCUAUCAAGGCCGACCUUGCUGCAGUUGAAGCCAAGGUGACUCUGAUUUAUAUAUUAGUAUAGCGGGCAGGAGUAACUAGUAAAUACUAUACUACUCACUAUUCAUCGACUCCGCCACAGUUAAUCGGUACUUCCUAAAUGCCUCUCUUAAACCAAGCAAACUGCUGAUUGCUUUCUCACGCCAAACAAUUUAAAGAAUGAGACAAGAUAAACAUUUUAAUUACAUUCAUGAAGAGGGCGAGUUACCUUUACCGUGACCAUGACCGUGACCGUGUGGGAAUUCUUUGCUCAUUUGCGCCUGUACCUUUCCUUCUGCAAAUAAUUAUUAAUGCUUCAUAAUUUUAGGUGAGUCGCAGUACGGCGUUGUUGAGGAGUCUGUCCGUUGAGAGGCAGCGAUGGGAGACAGGAAGCAAUGCCUUCCAAACUCAGAUGGGAACUAUCGUAGGAGAUGUGCUUCUGUCAUCAGCAUUCCUCGCUUAUGCAGGUAAUAAACGUCAACGUGUCUCCUACCUUCAAAGACAUUCGAGAACAAAAGUGUUCGUUGGAUUACGAAGCCAAAUAGUCACUUAAUUUUUUCAUUGGUGUAAGGUUCACCAACCAAAAUUAUCUUUUUUCCCAGGUUACUUUGACCAACAGCUUCGUCAGAAUCUCUUCACUUCUUGGGCAUCUCAUCUACAACAGGCAAACAUUCAGUUUAGGCCGGAUAUUGCCAGGGUUGAGGUAAGAUGCUAAAAAGCUACUUAACUAUGGAAGGACUGGAAGUAGACUUGUGAAGCUGAACAACGAUUUAAUUUAUUUUAGCAAUACAUCAUUGGUAGCCAGCCCCACAGAUAGCUUCAAAGUUAGUCUUGGAUGGAGGGGGGCUAGGCGAACAAACAGAAACAUCUAAGAAGAAUUACAAGAAAUGAAGUAAAAUCUACUUAAGACAGAACGUUACAUUGUAAUACUAGGUCAGCCAAAGAUAAUUCAGGUGGUACGAAAGGCUAAACCGCAAAAACCCUCUUACCCUCAUUUUUCGUGAUAUGAAAGAUUAAACGUUAAUAAAAAGAAUCCCCAAAUAUGAGGUUCUGAUUUGCAGUGGGUUUGAAGAAAGAGUAGGUUAAAGUUUCGUUGUCACCGGCGCCAUCUUGAGCCGCCAUAUUGGAUUUUAGCGGAAGCUGACAGCAUGCGCAGUGGGUUUGUUAUCGAGUGAUUCCUCGUGAUAUCUCGCGCGCUGUUGUUCAUAAGUACAGGGAUACAAGUUAGUACAAAGCUGGUAAGAUGCCACUAUUACUGACUAUAAACUAUGAUAGAUAAUCUAAGCAGUGUAAACGAUUUUUGUAGGAUAUUGGAAUUUGACUGACCAUGUGUUUAUCCUCACAGUAUUUAUCCACUGCUGAUGAACGUCUACAGUGGCAAGCUAAUUCCCUGCCAGCAGACGAUCUAUGCACAGAGAAUGCAAUCAUGCUGAAGAGAUUUAACCGCUACCCUCUGAUCAUUGACCCGUCAGGACAAGCCACUGAGUUCUUAUUGAACGAGUACAAAGGCAAGAAGAUCAACAAAACAAGGUACGUUUAAAACAAUUGCAGAUUCUGUUGUUAACGUGGCAUUUUCAAACAGUUUCACCUCAGAAGUUAUCAGAAAGUUUUUGGGACACUUUUCUUUUUUCACCUGUUUUUGUACUGAGUUUGCAGCUUACCGGCAAUACAAACUCUUAAACACGGCCUUGCAAUGGUUUCUCACCCACCCCCCUGAUAAAAAUAGAGCUCCUUGAGCUGUGCAAGAUAUGUGAAAGGUGUUUGACUUCUAAUACUCAACACUGUUCAGAAGGGAGGGGGAUUAGCUUGAAUUGUAUUUCCUAUACAUGAAAGACAGUGUUUCAAACGUUUUUACCGGGAUUGUACGUUGAUCGUAACAUUAAUAGUAUUGUCUACAGUUUUCGUGGUUAAUGUAACCGAACUUCGCUAUCGUUUCGUUAGUUUCCUUGAUGAUGCUUUCCGCAAGAAUCUCGAGAGUGCUCUGCGAUUUGGUAACCCACUCCUUGUUCAGGUGAGCUCGUAAUUUGUUCUCUAAAUCAUUCGAAAUGCCAUAUUCUGGUUGUGUGCUUGGUUGAAUGAAAAUUGUUUUUCUUGGUUUAGACAGAAAAGGAAUUUUGCUGACCAAUCACAGCAACGAAAAAUACGCUAUUUAACCAAUCAGAGCUUGAGGCAAACAUGUAGCCCAAGUAAGGCGCGGGAAAAAAAGCGGGUGUCCAGAGCAAUUCCUAUUGGUUUUGCUUUUAAUUGGUUGAAAAAGUCGAUCGAGAUAUUUUGGCCAAUCAAAAAGCGUUGUAACCAAUUAGAACUCGAAGCAAAAAGUAGCAUGCGCUAAGCGUGGCAAAAAGUGGUACGAGAUUUGUAGCCAAUCAAAAAGCAUUCUCCAACCCAACCGAAAUGGUCUCACACUCUGUUAAUUGUUCUUUCCAACAGGAUGUUGAAAGUUAUGAUCCAAUCCUAAAUCCCGUGUUGAACCGUGAGUUGCGUCGUACUGGCGGCCGUGUUCUCAUCACCAUAGGAGAUCAAGACAUUGAUCUCUCACCUUCUUUUACCAUCUUCCUUUCCACCAGAGAUCCAACGGUAGGUGAAAUCUUGGGUUUCUUUCCAUUCGAACAUAAUACUUCGAAAAUUUGGAAAGGAUUGUGAAUGGAACGGAACUUUUCCGGGAAAAACUCCUAGAAAAUUCGGGAAUUGGAUAAUUUUCUUAAGCAAACCAUCAACCGAAAACUCGGGAUAUUCUGGUUAAAGAAUCUUAUAGAACCAAUAUUUCCGGAAAGGCAUUUUCUCCUUUCGCCUUUUGGGAAAACAAACACACUUCCUUUCUUUACAUAGAAUUUCAAUUUUUGAAGUAUUUAAGUAAAACAGGUUAUUUUUGUUGAAGUAGAAAGCACCCUUGAAUUCAUUGGAUCGUGUUAGAAUACUUCUUGGUUCCCAAGUCGCUUUUUGAGCUUCUUAACAUGAUCGGCUUUUCUACUUACAGGUCGAGUUCGCACCUGAUUUGUGUAGUCGCGUGACAUUCGUUAACUUCACGGUGACUCGUAGCAGCUUACAGAGUCAGUGCCUGAAUCAAGUGCUGAAGGCUGAGAGACCUGAUGUGGAUGAGAAGAGAUCCGAUUUGCUCAAGCUGCAAGGUAACUGGUGCUUUUAAAGCUAUUUUUGAAACUCCUCUUUAAAGGCAGCGUUCACUCGUAAUGGCCGGGCACGGUGUCUGACUAUGGUACUCGCUGGGCACUAAUGUGAACACAACCUUUUUCAAGUACCCGCGCUAGAAUUCGGGCAUGGUGCAUGGUGCUUAAGUACAAGGUCAAGACCUUUUAUUCGGGCACAAUCGGGCCGCGGGCCUUUCUGGCACGCGUUUUCUGUUAGUUCCGAGGCAAUCCACUGUUUAGCAUUUCCUGCUGGGAAAUGUCGGGUUCCGCAAGGCAUGAACACCACUAUUUUGUGCCGAUACCCAAGCACUAUUGCUGGGACACCAAGAAUGAAUGUAGCCUAUGAGAUCAAAUUGACUCUAAGGAUUUUGUGGUUUUCAUUCCCAGGUGAAUUCCACCUUCGUCUCCGCCAUCUCGAAAAGUCUUUGCUCCAAGCCUUGAAUGAUGCUAAGGGAAGAAUCUUGGACGAUGAUCGCAUCAUUGCUACUCUGGAAAAACUGAAGCAAGAAGCAGCUGAGAUCACUCGUAAAGUGGAAGAGACAGAUGCUGUUAUGGCUGAAGUGGAGGCAGUGUCUGAUCAAUAUAACGCACUAUCACACUACUGUAGUAGUAUAUACUUCACUAUGGAGGGACUGAAGUUGGUGAGUCACAGGAAUCUCAUCCUUAAUAAUAAAAAGUCCAUUGUGAGACAAAGGCCACCCAAAUUAACUGUUGACGAAUUCUGUAAAAUGUUUUAAAAACUCGAUAAUUCGUGUAAGGUAAUUUAAAAUAAUGCAUUGAGUGUUUUUAAAACUGAUAAAACGCAACUGAGUUUUUAGCCCUUAUUACCUUGGGAAGAAAAUUAAUAGAAAAUGUCAACGAUUCUGGAAAGAAAUGAACAGAUCUAGAGUCACGAUAUUUAAGCCGUUCAAUAAACUUGCAGGUUAUGUUUAAUUAAGUCUGAAACACUCGGCCGCGCCUCGUGCUUUUAACUUCAUGAGACCCUCCUCCGAAAAGGAAGCUGUGGGUUGACCAGCUUAAUAAUUCCUAAUGCAGAUCUCUUAAAAAUGAUACUCCGUUCCUUAGAUUUCAGGUGAUUUUAGCGUAGAAAUUCCCAAAAGGCAUUAGUGGGUUACUUAAUAAGCUUUUUCUUCUUCCAGGUGCAUUUCCUGUACCAGUUCUCUCUGCAGUUUUUCCUGGACAUUUUCCAGUGCGUGUUGUAUGAGAAUCCCAAGCUGAAAAGCAUGAAAGAUCCCCAGCAGAGGUUGAAGGUUUUGUGCAGUGACUUGUUCCAGGUAAACAUCACCUCCCUUCUUAUCUACUACGAGUCGCCGUUCCCACCCCCGAGAGGGAGGAAACACGACACGGUUUUUUUCCUUCUUCAUGGGUAGGGUACAGGAGACCGUUAGGUUCUUUCACAUGUAGACUAGCAUUUAUUUUCUGCUUUUGGUACGCUGUGUAAUGUACGUGCCAGGGGCGGAUCCAGGAUUUUUUUUAGGAGGGGGUGCACUCGUCUCUUGCUCUACUUCAACACCAAUAAACCUCAUAGUUUUUUUUUUUUUGGCAGAAUACCAGUUGUAUUAGAAAACCGCAGGUCAUCUCGGGGGGGGGGGCACCCCUGCACCCUCCCCCUAGAUCCGCCCCUGCGUGCUUUCCAGUAGCAAUCCGUCUAAGCUUUUUAAACCCCAACAAAGGUCAAUGUCAUACAAAAAGGUCUUGACAAUAAAGGAGGUGAUCACCUAAGAUCAAAUGUUUUGAUUUAAACACGAAUUCUCCUCGACAGUAUGAUAGGAAAGGACGUGGAACAGUGCGGGAAAUAUUUGAGUUGAUAUUAGAGGUAUUACUGUUACUUGCACAGGCUGCGGUCCGUAUUUUCUGUCAGCAAACAUCCAAUAGACCUAUCCACUUUAUUUCAACUUUUGACAUGUGCAAGUUAGGACAAAACCGUCGACACCAGUGAAAAGAGCGUCUUAAAAUUAGUAAAAUUGCCAAGUUUGAAAGUGAUUUGUUGACAACCAUCGAAGAUACAGCCCCUCAAAGUCGCGAAAUUUUACAGACGUUUGUAUGGUGGGGACGAAAACUUGCCCCCCCAGCCACCACCACCACCAUAUAAACGUCAAUAAAUUUUCGCAACUUUGCAGAGCUAUACCUUCGCUCACUUAAGACCAAUCACUUUCAAAUUUUGCAAAUUAAUUGUGUUGAUUUUAAGGCGCUCUUUCCAGUGGUGUCGACGGGUUUUCCUAACUUGUUUUUGUCAAAAUUUGAAAAAAAAGACCGUGGAACGGUCUUUAAAAUUAAAUUGAGUAUGUUUUUUUUCAUGUUGUUUCUUUUAGAUUGUAUACAACAGAGUUGCUCGUGGUAUGUUGCAUGAUGACAGGAUCACGUUUGCCAUGUUGCUCUGUCGAAUUUACCUCCGUGGACUAACAGGGUUAGCCCUUUUUUUCUCAAUGAGUUCGCUAAGUUGUCAAUGACAUUGAAACCAAGAGUGGGAAGAAUUUUUCUUUUUCUAAAGGAUGAAAACAAAAUUCUGUAGUGGUCCCAACUGUGACGUCUUAUCUGUUAGCGACCAACGGAGCAAGCCGCAAGAGGAAUGGGCCAAACGCACUUGCAGGCGACGCCUUUCGCCUGUCUUGUGUGAUAUUUCAAAUUAAAGAAUCAGCUCGGCGCCUGACUAUAAAGUAUCAUUCUGUGACUAGAUCAUAGGGGAAUAGCAUUACCUUUUACAACACAAUUAUAGAAGCACCCUCAAUCACUUUUUCAGUUGAAGUGGUUUAAUGACUGGAAUAGUAAACCGGGUUGCUAUAGAAAUACAUGACAAGUUUUUCCUUUGGUUUGUUACACGAUGUGUACAAACCUCUGCUUGCAUGUAAUAUUGAUAUCUUCUGGUUUGGUUAGGGAGUUACUAUGUGUGUAAUGAAAAUGAUUUUAGACUUGCCAAAGUACAUCCUCGGAGGCCCAGGGGCAGUCAGUCGGGUCGGGAGAAAAGGCGCGACGAAAGUUUUCAAGGAUGGGCGGAAGAGGCCCUGGGUACCGACUCUCACCAGACCGUUCCAAACGGUCAAGCGAAUGCUGGCUCCUGAUUGGGCACAAAAAAAUGCUUCGUAUUAUUGUGCCCAAUCGGCGAACAGCCGUUUGACUGCCCCUGGGUUCCCGAGGAUGGCCAAAGUAGGGCGACAAUAGGGCUCUACGUAAAGAACGAGGCUGAUAUUUAGGCAUCGUCCUCAAACAAGCUUGUUCAAUAAAGAGUUUAUUAUUUUGUCCGAUAUUGCCUAAGCAAAGUGUUCUCUCGAAAAGCGGGCAAGAUGGAUUAUCUCUAGCCGCUGAGGUAGCCAGUCAGAACACAGAAUUCGCUCCACAUUUCUCUCGCGCGUAGCUAGCCAUGUAAUAAGGAACUAAUAUUAACUAAAGCUAAGAAACAUUAAGGUGUAUCAAAAGGUCGAAUCAAUAACGUUGAUUUUUUACAGUGAGACUGAAUAUGAAGACGAGUUUGAGAUGUUUUUGCGAGGAGGAGAGACAGUUUUGUCAGGAAAGCCACCAAGAAUGGAUGGAUUUACACCUCAGCAGGUACGAAAAAUGUUUUUCCUUUGCGAACCGUGUGCAAAUCAUUGUUAUGGGUUACAUAAAGCACAAGCUUUGUGUAAACGUUCGUUUGUAGCGAAUUUUAUGGCACCAUGCUCUGGGUUAAUCCAGCUUAAUUUCAUGUAAUUUUCAUCUGAGUGCAUCUUAUGUUGUGUGAUAAUUUGUUUUUGUGAUUACAGUUUCUGUAGAAACAAAAACCGCUACACUCUCGAAUUGUAUGAAAGUUAGUCCUAAUCAGGAAUGCCGACGGAAUGCCGAAGAUCCAGUCGAUCCUUUAUCCAUGAGUGUGUUGUAUUUUUUCAGGCUGCUGCUGUGGUUCGUUUAUCCAAACUCACAGCUUUUAAGGAGCUGCAGACGUAUAUUAAUUUGAACCGCGCGGACUUCUUUGAGUGGCUGGAGUCUGGCAAACCAGAGCGUAGCGUACCAUCCUGCUGGGACUCCAAAAUGUCUCUCAGUAAGUUGAAUUGUUAACGUAAUAAAACCGAAAGACGUUUUUAAAGGUGACCCGAAUAAUUCUUUCUAAACUUAUGGGUCAUGUAGCAGCUGCUAAACUUUUUGGCGAGAAAUUGAUUCCUUGGUUGCCGGUUUAUUACCGUUUGUGGCUUAAAAAAGAGGCCCGUAAAGUAGACUUUUAGCUGAACAAGCAACUUUUUAAGCUUACUUGCCUAACACCUAAUGAGACAAGCAAGCAAUGGCCCAAUGGCCCAAUGGCAGUCAAAAUGUGAAACCUGUUUGUCUAAAGUACAAGCUGGAAUUCAAGGUUUUUCGAGUUCUGCUGUUUCGAUGUUAGUUGCUUAUGAGAAGUGUACCUUAACAGCUGAAGAUAGUUCAUUUCCGUGGGACGUUUCUUAACGCACCAAGCAAUGUAAUACAAGACUACUGAGACCCUUAUCGACAAUAGCUUGCGCAAAAAAAAUAUAUUAUUAAGUCAGAAUUGGAUUACAUAUCUCCGUAAGCGACUUCAUUAGCUCAGAGGAUUCAUAUGCUUUUUUCUUUGAAGCAAAUAUCGGCCAAAUUAUCCAUGAGCUGCUUGUAAUCCAGGCCUUACGCCCUGACCGUAUAAUGGCGAUGGGACAUAGGGUCGUGGGAACGAUUCUUGGUGAAAGCUUCAUGCAUGAUGCUGAGCAAGGACUGGACCUAGCUUCCGUAGUGGAGCAUGAGGUUUGCUUGUUUGCUUUUAUUUGUUUAUGUUUGUUUGUUUGUUAUGAAAUUCACUGUAAGCUUUAAAGAGUCCGUAUUAUUGCGUGCUUGGUCUGUAUUUGAUUAACGACCUCGAAGGGCCUGUUGCAUUGUUGCUUGCGUAUGUGAGGCGUUUUCGAUUUUAAAUUCAAAGUAAGUUCAUAGUUGGUUCGCUUGGAAGAUGCUAAAAUAUGCCAAACCAGCUGUGUGAAGGAAAUUAUUUCUUAUUAGUGGGUCGUUUUGAUAUCAAUUUUAUCGUUUUUGAUUUUUUGUGUGUGGAGAUUGCGGAGAAAUUUGCUGUCCCUUAGUGGAGUUAACUAAGUGGAUAGGAACUAAAGCAUCCUUUGCCACGUCGAGCCAUCCUAUCAUGUAUAUAAAAAAAAUGUGCACGUUAGAAAAUUUCAAGGGCGAGUGUUACCAAGCGGCAGGCGGCAUCAAUAAAUUAUCCAUGGCGAUGAACCAAAGUUGUUUGAUUUCUGUUGGUGAAAAUGCGUUUUUGUGUCACUUAAAGCAGUACAGGCGGAUUAUAUAUAGGCAGGUCAUUCAACCCUUUACUGUUAGCCAAAGAAAAGAAAUUCACACAAGUCGUGAAAAAAAUAAUACUGUUAUGCAACAGUUCUGUCAAAUAGGUUUCAUUUGAAUGGUAACAUUGUUGGGUUUACUCCAAGGAUUUGAAAGUUAGAGUCACAGUCAGUACUAGUCACAUCACAUUGUCUAGGAGUGAGGGGUUAAUUGAAGCUGCAGUUCAUGGGUAACCACGUUCUGUUUGAAUUCAACAGGUGAAGGCGAAUACUCCUCUACUGAUGUGCUCUGUGACAGGUUAUGAUGCCAGUGGUUGGGUGGAUGAUCUGGCAGCAGAACAAAACAAGCAAUGCACUUCCAUUGCUAUUGGUAAGAAAUGGAACUUCCCUAAAAUCUUGACCAGUAACAUUUGAGCCUUUGUAGUGCUCGGGAAUUAUAUUUUCGCUGUUCACUGUCCUGUGUGCCUUGGUGACCUCUGGCCACUUGCCUACACUGUGCUUUGGCUUUAACUCCCCUGUGUAUUUUGGUUACCUGUGGCCACUUACCUACCCUGUGCUUUGGCUGUUAACUCUCCUGUGUAUUUCGGUGACCUUUGGUCACUUGGCUACCUUGUGCUUAUCCACUUCGCUGCGUUAAACGUUUCCUCGGUUUGGUUUUGACAGGUUCUGCCGAAGGAUUCAGUCUUGCUGAUAAAGCCAUCAACUCUGCCACUAAAUCUGGCAGGUAAGUGUUAGUGUAAGAAUCGUAUUAAGUUUGUAGAAGGGGUGCAGAGCAGCAAAAGCACUGCUCUCUAGCUUUUAUUUGAGUUGUCACUCUCAAAGAUUUCAUGCUCAAAUUCAAAAGUUUGAACCACUUUGUACAGCAUAAUAAACAUUACCACACAAAAGUACUGCUCAGCAGCUUAGAUUUGAAUGGUCACGCUUUUGGAAUUCAUUCACAAACUCAAAAGUUAGAACCUCCAACAUUUUACAGCGUGAUAAACAGUAUCACAGAAAAGUACCGCUUUGCCUAUUCACAUUUUACUCCCCUUCUUUCUCCGACUCCGAGUAGACUUAACUGAUAUUAUUUGUUUCCUCUUUUCUUUAGAUGGGUUUUGCUAAAGAAUGUCCACCUGGCGCCUCAGUGGCUGGUAACUCUGGAAAAGAAAUUGCACACCUUGAACCCACACGCUGCCUUCAGGUUAUUUAUGACCAUGGAAAUCAAUCCAAAGGUGUACUGUUGAUUUUGUAGACUUGGGGGGCUUUUAUUUAAUUUGACUGGGCUGGGAACGGGAUGGGUAGAGGUCAAAGUCCGUUGAAAUGUCUUCAAAAUAUUUCUAACCUCUACCUCUCUGUAGUCAGCAAAACAAUUCACACCCCCCUACACAGUAGCCUGUGUCAGACAGUUGUACACAGGUUAUCUACAGGGCUUACCAAAGAGUACCUACCCUCUCCCCGGUCUUAAUGAAUCAAAGCCCCAUAUAUGAGUCCGAUGUAAAAUGAACUGACUUCAAGCCGCUUCGCUCAUGUUUUGCGACUUAACUUAUGGGCAAGUGUAUCGAUUUUUGUGUUAACGGGCUUACAAAAGUUCUCUUGUGUAGACAUGAGAUAAACCAAAAUGGAACAUUUUUAAAAACCACUCAAUUGAAAAUACUGUUUUUAUUACAACAGGUUCCUGUGAACUUGCUGAGAGCGUCUCGGGUGUUUGUAUUUGAGCCUCCGCCUGGAGUUAAAGCCAACUUGUUGAGAACGUUCAGCGCUGUGCCAGCUACAAGGAUGUGUAAGGUGAGUUUCGUCUGUCAAAAUUUUGCAGAGGGGAAGUACCUCUUUUGAGUUGGAACUUCACCAGGGUUCCCACUGGUCGUGGAAAAUCUGGAAAUUUCAAAAUUUAAUUUUCCAGGCCUGGAAAGUCAUGGAAUUUAAUUGUCAGUCCCGGAAAGUUGUGGUAUUUUAAAGUCAUUUUUAGUAUGUUACAUGUAGUUACUGCUAAUGUCAAAGCAAGGACAAAGGUAGAUACAGUUGUAGAGACGAGUAAUUGAACAUCGCGAACAGCACGCAUUUGAACUUAGUUAAGUAAAAAAUACCCUAAAACAAGGAAGGUUUGAAAAAUUUCGAUACUGACAGCUAAACCUAAGGUCAUGGAAAAAGUCACGGAAAUUGACGGGAUUUGAAGAGCUCAAUGAGAAAAAACAGAACACUUUGUGUUAAAGCAUCAUUAAAACUUGUGUCAUCCUGAGAUGAAAUUCAUGUUGAAGUUGAGGGUGUCACGUAACAUUUUGUAGACUAACUAGUAAACACGUUUUGCCAUUUUAAUUUCCUUAGGCCCCCAGUGAGCGUGCCCGUCUAUAUUUCCUGCUCGCGUGGUUCCAUGCCAUUGUUCAAGAACGCUUGCGUUACGCUCCUCUUGGUUGGUCCAAACGUUACGAGUUCAGCGAGUCUGAUUUGCGAGUGGCUUGUGACACACUAGACACCUGGUUAGAUGCAGUUGCCCAGGUGUGUGACUUAAGGUGUUUUUUUUCAGUAACGCAAUCAUAAGAGUAUAUGGUCACGGUGAUGAAAGUUAUCAAUGCCUGAAAUGUACUAGUACAUUGUUGUUACAAAGUUUUGUUGUAGAAGAGUUUCCAGUCUAGUUUUUUCGUGUUCAACAACAAUUACAUUAUCUGUUAGAAGUUGUUUUGGACUCUCCUUUUGGUGAAAUCGAAGAUUAAGUGAUGCCAAUGAGCUUAGUGAAUUUCGAGUCUGAAUCGUGCUUAAAUUCGUCUCCGUUUUGCUUUAGUUAGCUUUAAGUGACCGAACUCACUUAAAAGUGUUUUGUUUUUCUCCUAGGGCCGUACUAAUCUGCCACCCAACAAAGUUCCAUGGGACGCUCUUCAAGCUCUUCUGUCUCAAGCCAUUUAUGGUGGGCGCAUCGACAACGACUUUGAUCAGGUUUGAAUUAAGCUCUCUUUUUAGGAGAAAAAACAUGCUUUUGUGAACGCCUUAUUGAAGCAUUAUUUUCGUCCUCUUUUAGCGCCUGUUGACGUCCUUUGUGAAUCGCUUAUUCACCGUCAGCAGCUUUGAGUCUGAUUUCCCAUUGGUUCUUGAUGUGGAUGGAGAAAAAGGCAAGAAAAUUGUCAUGCCGGAAGGAAUCAGGUAUGUUUUUAAGCUCGUUCGCUUUAUCCCUUACACAGCCAAGUAUUUAAAUGAUAAGGAAUUGCCAAAGUGCAGGUUGAAAUUUAAACAGCAAGUCGCGUAUCCACUCGAUAUUUGGUCAGCAGUUUAGUAUCGUGGCUCAUGCUCUAAACUUUUGUCCACAUUACAGCGUGAGCGUGGGACACUAUCCAACGUUUUAACUUCCUCUCUCUUAAUCCAAAGCAUAAUCGGGGCUUUUCUCGACCUGGAACUUCUAUUUAAUUCUAUUAGUGGAAAAAAGGCUUUUGUAAGACCUUUUUGAGAUAUGCUAGUAAUAUCCUCACUAGAUUAUCUGUUCAAGUUUAGAGGGGUUGUUGUCAGGCCUAUCGCUGUACGCAAAAAAGCAAGCAGCCUAUAAGGGAUGGAUUUGAAAAUUCAGUCAUUUAACUUUUUACAGCUGUUAGGAUCUUUAAGCAGAAUAAUUUCCUGACCUCGUUUUUUCAACUCAUUUAGACGUGAACAGUUCCUGCAGUGGACUGAAGCUCUUCCGGAUGCCCAGUCUCCCUCGUGGCUCGGCCUUCCCAACAACGCAGAAAAAGUUCUUCUCACUACUCAAGGUAUUUUAAGUUAAUGACCUUUGUCACGAUAUUCAAGGCAUCACAAAUGAGUUGUUCGACUUUCGAGGGUAGGGGAAGCAUACAGGUUUGAGGUGGGUGGUAAAACGCGCAACAUCGCUAUUCAACUCAUUUUGCGUUUUUUGUUGCUGCCCGUUUUACCGUACCUUAAUGCUUGCUCUAUAAUUAUUGCCACUCAUCACUUGUAUAUUUUUGUGUGCUCACAAGCACUGGGAACACUGAGAUCGGUAUCAUAUCCUGGGAAAAUGUAUCGAUGCAACCCUAGCCCCUUUGAGAGAAACCAGACUGUAAACUGAAUGAACAUCGUUCACUUUAAUCCAGCUUUAUUCGUAUUUUCAAUAUCUGUGAAACCUAUGAAAGACCGUGAUAUCAUUCUUAUUUACUCUUGAAAAUUAUUUUACGCAACAAUAGGCCAUUUUACAGUUAUGGAUGGAAGCGAGGCUGGAGUUGACCUUGUUUUGAGACAAACCUUCCUGCUUUAUUAUGUAAAUCAAGUUAUUCUUAUGCUUACUAGUAUUUUUCAAGAACAAUUUCCAUAACAAAGCAAAGGGGGUUUGUAACAAAACAAGGUCACUCUCACCCUCGCUUCCAUCCAUAACUGUAAAAUGGCCUAUUAUAACACCCUAUUCCCUUCUGUAGGCCAAGACAUGGUUACUAAGCUACUGAAGAUGCAGAUGUUGAGUGAUGAUGACGAGCUUGCCUAUUCCCCAGACUCCGCUAGGUAAGUAUUGACCGUGACAACCCAAUAUAUGAUCGGUAACCGCUCUUGAUUUCAGUGUUACUUUUGAGGAAGAAAAUAAAGACAGACUAAAAAACUUUCAUAACUUGGUUAAAUUGAUUCUUACAUUUCGUUUCAAAAGUAACGACUUACUGUGACGUCCAAGCCUCACAUUUGUAAAAAGAGCGAUAGUCGGGUGGCCUUUGAUAAUUACUCGUCAAUUCAACCCAAAGAGCAUGUGAUCCAAAAAGAUGCAAUCUGGUUGGCUCAGCACACGCAGGAUCUUCACGCGCCCAGUCAUUGCCUGGCUUAGCGACAACGCAAUCCUAGUGGUCAGAGCUUAAAAGCGUUACUGGUUUUUUCAUCAUUUGAUCGGUCAGUUGAACGUAGCGUUUUCCUUGUCAAGGUGUUACUGGUUUCAACGUCUGAAGAAUGAGGAAAACAAUAUUGGAAGGCCGCACGAGAAUCGCGUUUUCUAAACAAAUAAGAGAUUAUUCAUUUGUUUUAUUGUCACUGAUGAUUUAGCCGUAAUCUUUAAACAGGAUAUAAUUUUAAAAUUUUACCUCAACUUCGUAGCUCAAGUAAACUAAACGGAGAGUUCACACUAUUAAACAGUAGUAAAUAUUUAAUUGGAAAAUCGACUAGUUUAUAAUCCGAUGUCCUUUAUCUCUUGAAAUAUAUGAACAUAUUUCUAAACCUUUCACAUUGUGGUUUUAAAUGAUUGUUGAUCUUUACGAAUUCUCUUAAUUGACGGACCAUAACAUUGAUUUUAAUAACCUUUGCUCUAUAAAAAUAUAAACAGUAUUACUAUUUGUUUUGUUUGUUAACUUAAAUGUUAUAUUUUUUUUGUCUUCACUUUGGUUAAUUUUCCUUUAAAUCUUUUCACUUUAAACUGCGUUCACUUCCUGCAAUUCACGCUUUCGUUUUACACAUCCUUUCCUUCACUUACCACUAUGCUUGCUUGCUUCCAGCUUUUAGUAUCUUGAAAAAGCUUUGUUUUAACUCUGAACGUUCAGUGAUGUAGUUGAUGAUUAAAACCUCUCUCUAAAUACGGAGAUUUUCUUUACGUCUUUACCAGUGUGGGUAAGCAACAUUUUCACUCACACUUUGGCUUUCAAUUACAGGCGCAAAAGUAGAGCCACCUUGCACAGCGUAAUAGACAUUACCACAAGGAAACUAUUGCCCAUUAGCUUUCAGCUGAAUAGUCACACUUUAGGAUUUUGCUCACAGGCUCAAGUGUUAGAAUCACCCUGUACAGCAUAAUAAACAGCACCACAGUAGAGUACUGCUCAGUAGCUUUCCGUUGAAUUGUCGCACUUAAGGAUUUCACCAAGUGUUAGAAACAACUUGUUCAGCAUAAUAAACGGUACCUAGCAAAUUACUGCUCAGUAGCUUUCAUUUGAGUGGCUUACACAGCAUCAUAACCAACACUACAGAAAAGUACUGUUCGUGCUUUACAACUUCGUUUCGUGGAAUCUUUAUCUGCAAUCUCAAGGAGCAUUUGUUCUGGCAACAAACCGGAAAGCAAUAAACCAUCUUGUCUUCUGGCCUUUCCAGUCUUACUAAAAUCUCACGAGGACUCCUGAUGUCUUUAACCGAGAAAGAUAUUUCCGUCUAACUCUGUGCUCUCAAUCUCGAAAUCCUAUGAGUUUUGAACUCAUAAAAUGUAAAACCUUCAUGCAUGUUAAACGUUUUAUUUAAAGCUUAGGCCAGCCUCUUGAAGUACCUCUCAUACACGGGAUAUAUGGUGCAGAGUAAGUAAAAUAAAGGCUUUUAUAAAAUAAGCAUAAUCUAACGGGCACUACAAUUGGCUAAAAACUAUUGGUUAGUUAACCAAUCACUCUGGUUGUUCUUUUGGUAAACAGAGAGCGUAAAAGUAUCAUCCGUUGUUGUAGCAAAUUAAAUUUUAAUUGUUAGACAUUAAACGAAAUACAAAUUGCUUCUCUUACAAAUGGAGAUUGAUCUAUCCCCUGAAAAAGUAAGUCAGAGGAAAGGGUGUCAAGUUUCGUGAAAGCAAGAGAAUGUCAGCUAAGGAUAUAAGUCAAGUGCUUGCGUGCAUGCGUUGCUUGUACACUUAACCAUCACUUCAGUUUCACCAUGCAUAUGCACAGCAUUCGUUUAUUCAUUCUGUCGACUCAUUAUUUUUGUUCUUCCUGUUUAAAUUUUUUUGUUGUUUUUUUUCAUUGUGGGUAAAAAGUUUAUUUACUUUAAAUUCAAAGUUAUGGUCAAGAGGUGACUUGUUUAAAAGUAAGUUUAAAAGGUGAAUAUUCUUAGAAUGGGUAUUAUAAAGGGGUAAUGGUUAUGCAGGUGAUUAUACCAAAACACGUUGGUUAUUAAAAUAGUUUUUACCCAAACAGACCCGAUAAAGGCGACUUUAAACUAUGGCUUUUGCUUCAACUGACACAUUUAAGGACUGUGGUCGACGUCAAGACUAAGACUUUCCUCUACAGCAUAAUAAACAUCACCACAGAAAAGUACUGUUCAGUAGCUUUUACAUGCCUCGCGACGCCUCACCAUUUCAUCCAUAGAUUCAAAAAGCUUGCGCUACCUUGUGCAGCAGAAAAAAACAGAACCGCAAGAGAGUGCUGCUCAAUAGCUUUCAUUUUUAAUCGUCAUACCUAUAUUUUAUCAGCCAGAAACGAAGAAGUUAGAGCCAUUCUGUUCAGCAUAAUAAGCAGCAUUCCCCUCUCCUCAAACUUUAGGAAGAAUGGGUACCAGCUUUGGGUGCAGUGCUUUGGGAUCUUAUGCUUGGAUAAACGUUAGUUAUCAUUGGUCAAUGUUUUCUAAGGCAACCAUUAACCAAUUACAGUGACGCUUGUCCAGCCAAAUCAGGAUCCCAGAAAUCAUUGCGCCGAAAGCUUGUAUCCUUUCCCCUUAUUUCUUAAGUGAGGAAUUAACAUUUGUUCCAACUGCCCUUUGUGUUGUAGGAAACAGAGGCGAGAGAGUGACCCCCGACCCGCCUGGAUGAGAACAUUGCACUCAACAGCUGCAAACUGGCUUAGCAUGAUACCAAAGGUACAAAAAAUACUCGUAAAGUACGCGAUUCUGAAGCCUGAUUCAUACAGUAAGAUUUGGGAAAGUGUUGUGUGCCUUCCCUUACUCUGAUUUUCGUCAACCACACGUUGUCUUUCCUUUUGUCGAACACCACGUGAACGCAUGAAAAAGACUUAGAUUUUUGGUCAAUUGUCAUAGCCUCGUAAGCAAGUCGUAUUUCUUUGCUUUUGCACGAUUGCACUUUGUUAUUAGUUAUCAGAAGUACAUGUAAUGCCGCAACCUUAGCCAAUCGAAUUGAAACUAACUCCAAUUGUGACUUGGCCGAUCACGUUUUCUUGCUCUUAAUGAUCCUUAACAGCAGCUACUUACAUAGCUUCGAUUACCUCAUUGCCUACUUCAGAAACGAAAGGGAGAAUGGUUACAAGCUUUGGGUGCAGUGCUUUGUGGGAUCGUUUGGGUGGUCAAGCGUUAGUUAUGAUUGGUCGAUGGUAUUCAACCAUUAACCAAUCAUAAGUAACGCUUGUCCAACCAAACGAUCCCAAAAAUCUUUGCGCCGAAAGCUUGUACCCACGCCCUCACGGAAUAGUGAAUUGGAUUGUUACAUCUAUUUGUCAUCGGCAUGUGAGACUGACUGCUUUGUCCUUUUACUCUGCCAUUUCUCAGUUUAAAACGUGUUACUCCUAUAACAUUUGUUUCGUAGGAUUUGACGCCGUUAAAACGAACACUGGACAACAUCAAAGAUCCACUUUUCCGCUACUUUGAACGUGAGGUAAGUACCAAGUAGCCCUUGCAGUUUUAAAACAAUUGCGCCAUUAAUGCGUCGUCGUCUUGUUCGGGUAGAAAUUUCGGAACUUUUACUGUCAUUUAUAUUCUAGGAUCAAAUUGUCGUAACCUUUUUGCUUGACAAAAUUGAAUAGUUGAAGAAAUAUGUUAAGUUUAUUGUUGUUUUACUUCCCCAGGUCAAUACUGGCUACCAGCUUUUGAAUACCAUCCGAGAGGACCUUAAUCAUGUGGUGCUCGUCUGUGAAAGCCAAAAGAAGCCCACCAAUUACCUGAGGAACCUCAUGAGCGACUUGGUUAAGGGUAAGAGUUUUUACACUUACUAAGAAAAGAAUCAUUUUCUACUAAUUCAGCCUAAUUACCCAGUUAAUCACCGGUUCCCGACGGUCCUACAGGAGAUUUUUUGGCCAGUACCAGGCUUUCAUCAGACAGAAGGAGCGUCGCGAGAACAUGCCAAGCGAGAUAGGGUGCGCGUGAUGUCAGGGAGGGGUCGGUGGCCCCUGCGCUUUCUUCGCACCCGUUUUCGCGAUCGCGAUCGCGAUCUCUGUAUAUUAGGGUUGAUUUCCACUGUCGCGUAAUUUUAACGAGCCUACGUGCGUAAAAUUUACGUUCGCAAAUAAAAUAGAGGCAAUGUAUGAAAGGUCGCACGUAAGCGUUAAAGUAGAACCUGGCUCAACUUCACUCAACACUUUACAUCUUGCCUCUAUUUUAUUUAAAAUUUACGUGCGUUAACGUGCGUAGCCUAAAACGCGUCAUGGGAAAUCAAUGAAGCCUGAAACAGGCGAAAGAUUUUUCAGCCAAUCUUCAAAGGUGAAAGUCCAAAACAAAAAAAAAGAGAAAUUACUUUCGAUAUUUACAAAUGUAAGAAAGGUUAACUGUCGUUUCUUUUGUAAUUUCAGGUAUUUUGCCGUCUAAUUGGAGACGUUAUACUGUUCCAAAGGGCCUGACAGUUCUUCAGUGGGUAGCAGACUUCAGUGACCGAAUUAAGCAGCUUCAGAAGAUCUCGCAUGCUGCCAACACGGGUGGAGCCAAGGGCCUUAAGGUUAGCUUUUCCGACGUUCAACCAAGAACCAGAAAAAUUAAUUUCAGCCUUCGCCGGACGAAACUAAACCCCUGGGCUUAAGUCCGUCCGCGAGCCAGCGCCGAAAUCCUUUUUCUGGGCCGCCAGCUGUGUACCAGAAUUUUAGUAGGCACCAUGAUUGGCCUGUUGAAAAAAGAAAACAUUGUUCGAUCGGUUGACCGACGUUGCUGGUCGUGAGUUGCUAGCCUGCGACGCAGGCUUUUUUAAUUGUUGCCUGUGUGUAGAGGAAUGCAGAAAUCAUAAGGACCUCGAUUGUUAAAUAAAUUCUAAUCAUUACCUUAGGAAAUGUGUGGAUAGUAAUUGUGGAGAAUGUACAUCAUGCUGACAUUAAGGCUUCGCCUUCUAAGCCCCAAUAUCCACAUACAAGUUCUCCAAACUGAUCCCCAUACAUUUCCUUAAGAAAUUGGUUAAGAGAGGUUAAUAAGAUCAAGGCAUUUGCUCCUUUGUCUUUUGUGAUCAUUUUGUAAAUUGUCCUAACCUCAUCUCUGGAUUAUGUAUUGAUAUUGUUAGAAGAAAACUAAAGUUUGUCUUUCUAAGAAGUUAAAUAGUUAAAGAGUUAAGUUCCUAAAUAGACCGUGAAUGCUAUUUAAGAAGCAUGUCAUGUUACUGAAGCAGCGCAAAAAAAAAUGCCUGGAUUCUAUGGCUACCGCUCGGAGAAGAGUAACCUUUUUUGCUUUGCAUCCUAUCGCUUGUUUAAAGUUGUUUUGCUUUUGCUCUUAGAACUUGCAUAUUUGGCUGGGCGGAAUGUUUGUCCCCGAGGCAUACAUCACAGCAACCCGUCAGUUCGUUGCACAGGCGAACAAUUGGUCCCUAGAAGAACUAACAUUGGAGGUAACUUCUUUCUUUCUUACCUUUCUCUCCUUUCCUUUUUCCCUCUUUUUUUCUUCAUUCGUCUUCUUCUGCUGUCUCUGAUUGAAAAUAAAACUCUACUAAAGAUAUUGCAGUAUUUAUGGUUACUAAAAGGUAUUGUUCUUUGUCUUUAAAUCUCUUUAAAGGUUACUAUUGCAAAUGGACCCGACGAUCGCCUUACCAUUGAUGACUGCAGCUUUGGAAUUAAAGGUAAUACUCAAGUAUUAGCUCUUAACGUUAAGUGGCAAAAUAGCUAAAAUAAGCUAGAUGCAUGAAAGAACCGCUUUUAGUCUGAGUGAUCAGUAACAUCAAACUGAAUAGUUCAUAAUAAAAUAGAAUCAGAAAAAUAAUAUAAUUUGAUCACCAACACCGUAAGGGAGACGAGUGGAACUUCUAGAACUCUUCCAGGAUUUUCUUUUUCGAUGACUCCAUGUGCAGUCUCCUUUUGGUGUCGAGGUUGCAGGAUUCAGUCCCCUGGAGGGGGAAGACGCGGCGAAGAGUGAUCCUGGGAACGAGAUUUGUUGUUGUACAGUCAUUUUAAAAGGGUGAUUGAUUUCUCGCAGGACUUCGACUCCAAGGUGCCCGUUGCCUUGACAACAAGUUAGAACUGACAGCAACGAUUUUGACUGAUCUGCCGCUGACCAGUCUGAAGUGGAUCAGGUAAAAAAUGUUAUAAUGCCUGUAGAAUUGUUCAAAUGAUAUUUUUGUUCUGCGGCCUGGUGAGCUCUUUCGUUAAGAUAAAAGAUUGCUGAGCAUUGUUCUAAAAAGGUCUAAAAUUGGAGUUAAGGCAUUGUAGUGUUUUGUUGAUGUUGUUGUUGUUUUAAUGCCAUGGUAUUCUUUGAAGUGCCCGUGAAAAGAGGUCGACGCAAGGAUAGAUAGCAAAACCCUCCAGCAUUCCAUUCUGGUUUUUUUUUUCCUUCCUUUUUAGUUACUGUUUGAAUUUUUUUUUGUAUUGUGCAUGUCUUUAACUUUACCUUGAGGCAGUUGAAUCGACGUCGUGCGGCUUAGAUUAAUACCUGUUGCUCCACCGACUUUCUGAGCUUGGCCACCUCCUUUAAGAUCUUACAAGGUGAUAAUUGAGCUUGUCCAAGUACAGCGAAAGGCUUGAUAACAUUCUUGCCCGUAUGUCAGGUAUGUAUCUGCCAUACGGUCAUUGAUCGCGUAUUUUAUGGUACUUUUUCAGGGUUGAACCGGGAACUGACCAUUUACUCAAAGGCAAGGUACGUGUAACUGUUUUAGUUAUUAACGUGUAAUUUAUGUCCGGACAUAUCUUAUAUUUAGCCGGAUUCUUGAAAACGAACGUGCCGAAAUCUGCUGUCAUUUGAGUGGAAAAUUUAAGAUGCUAGAAGUGAGGGGGUUUUUGCGUCCGAUAUGCCCACAAGCGUGACAAUGUUGUUUGAAAAAAAUUUUUCGCCCAACUUCACCCUCCUUUAAACAGAUCUUUUUGUAAAAGACCCGAAAACAUUAAUGUAAGCGAAGAUCACGACAACACACGCAAGUAAUAGCCCUGUUACGUUUUUUACCCACAAGUGUUUUGCCGUCCUCUUCUUUCCGCCGUCCUGUUGCGUAACCUCACUCUCCAAAGCCACGGAGCGAGCAGCUCUUCGCGAAGUAGUGACACUUGAACAAUUUGUUUUUUGCAGGUCACCCUACCCGUGUAUCUCAAUCAAACACGUACCGAGCUUCUGUUCACUGUUGACAUGGCAACUAGAGGUGAACCCGCUGGUCGAGAGCAUCGCUUUUAUGAGCGUGGUGUGGCUUUCUUAGCAUCCUCCCUGAGUGGUUAACAGCAUAGUCACGUGAUUGGCGCGUGAUAAUUGUCUCGGCCGUACCGUCCCAUUUAUAACUGAUUUACUUUUUUGUUGUUGUAGAAUUAAACAUUUAAGCUAUUGUUAUGGUAGAUAUAAACCUAGUUAGGGAACUUUGAUCUAUAAACUCCACGUCCUGAUCAGCAUGGGAUUAUUUCUUGCAUCAGUUUUAACCUAAAUAGUCUUAGCAGGAUUUGCAUGAUCGUGAAAAGGUCAUAUGAUCAUAUGAGUCAAAUAACUAGAGGAAUUGUUUCUAGUUCGCGAACAAAACAGCAAAGUUAAAGCAACCCUGUAACUACAUAAUUACAAUAAUUAUAAUAGUCAACUAAAAAUCAAAACUGCAGUGUAAAAGGUAUUUUGCCUUUUUUGUCUGGUAUUAGCAUUAGCAUAAUGUGAUAAUA